AUGAAUACGCCAGAACGCUGGUCCACUGCCUCUUCGGACAGUGAUCUGUCCUCGAUAUUCGGCUCAGGUAAAAGUUUUCCAGACUUUUCGGAAACGCCGGGUUUUUGAGAGUAUAUUUGUUUUGAGUAGUAGCUCACGCGGAGAGUAAAUUUUAGAUUCAACUUUUUUAAGCUGAUGUUUUAUCCAAUACGUUUCUCCCUCUCUUUUAUCGGAUUGUUCGUAUUUACUCAGAAGGAAGAUGGGAAGGAUUGAGAGCUAAAGACGUUCUUGACUUGUUACAGCAAAGAAUAGCAUUUUUCUACGGUAAGAAACAAUGAGAUUGGACGUGUGUUCUCGCUCGCUUUGAAUACGUUUGAACUGUCCUCUUAGCAUCACUGAAUUUCAACGGUUUUACGUUGUAAAAUGCCGGAUAACACUCACCGUUUCUUCGUUUUAAUCGAUUCUCCUUUGGUAUGUUUGAAUUAUCUAAGCAAUAAUCCAUCACUUCGUAUAUCGCGUAAAGCAAAUAAAUGUGCAAUGGAGAGCGUCUUAUAACUAUGGUGAUAUUUCAAUAAAUUUAGUGCGCGACCACAAUCUCUAAUGGUUUUUGAUAACUAAUUUGUAUGCGGCUUUUGUGAUUCGUUGAUACUCUUACCUCAAAGGAAAGUGCUGUCAAAAAAAAUCUUCUUUUUGUCGUAAAUUAUGGCAAAUUUUGUUUUUCAGGUGGUCGUGAUCGAAGAGGAGGGCCUAUUAUAACAUUUCCGGCGCGUUCUAGGGCAGCAGAAAUCGAACCUUGUUCUUUGGCUCGAGUUCUCACAUAUCUCGCCAGUUUACCCAGGUGGGUUAUUUUUUAGUGAUACCUUGAUAACUUUUAUUUUCAUUCACUGUUUUGUCUGGUUUGUUGUUGACGAGAUAGCCGCUGAAUGUUCAAAAAAACAAUCGAUGUAAUCAAAGAAUCGUGUUCGUUGUCUUCACCACUUUUGCCGAUCGCAGUAUUGUUGAUUUUAGACGGAAAACUCGUCAGUUGAUUUUACGUGUCAGUUUGAAGAGCAUUCGAGUCGAUUAUAAUGAUGAGAGAUAGAAGACUCCGAUAUGGAAAGUGGUUAUUUUAAUGGCUGUUUUUAUUGUGUGGAAAUCAUAGUUCAAAGAUGUGUUCACAAAUUUGUCACGCGCACCAUUAGGCUACGCAUCUGUCUCGAGUAGAGGACCACACUGAAAUUUAAGCGAUCCACUUGAAGAUCAUGCUAUUAAAAAACUGUGAAAAAUUUCUGUGACGCUGUCAUUAUUUCUUGUAGGAUCUGGUUUCUACAAGCGAAGUAAUGCUAAUAGCAUAAAUCCUUCUUUGUAGAGUUGUCAGAAUUUUUUGUUUGAACUGUCAAGUUUACUUCGAGGCAAAGAGACCCUUUUCAUCGGUACAUAUUUCAGAUAUCAGAGGCUUUAUAUUUAUUCUUUGUGCAGAUUAUUAAUGAAUCGAGGAUGAUUCAGUGAUUGCAUAAUUUCGUCGAGAAUCAGUGGUGGAAAGUGCUCUACAAAUUUUAUCGCAUGACAGCAAAAUUGUGGAUUGUGUAAGGAUCGAAGUAACUGUUUACCGUGCGAGACUUUGUUGUUUUUAAGAGCGUUUACAACUCAAUGGAGCUCAAGGAAAAAUGCGAUUAUUGAAUAGUUUCUGCCGUAUUUGUUUUGUUUUACGUCUGCAAGUGGUUUUAGUAGAUAUAUCUUGCUCUUUGAAAUUUCUGUCAUUAAAUAAUUAACUAGAUUUUUUUCAACCAAUUCACGCAAUCAAUCAUUUUUGUCCUCAAAGUUGAAUCUAACUUUGUCGUGUUCGUCCGGAAUGAACAUAUGGUUUCGAUACUUUAGUGAAAGCGAACUAGCUGUCGACUUUUGUGUUUUUAUCCUCAUUGCAUGAGCUCUCCAUUUGCUUUUGUUUUCACUUCACCAUAUAUGAUAGCCAGUAUUUUGUGAAUUGUAAUCAUCAAUAAAUUUUGUUGUUGUCUGAGAACGUUUCCGAAACUUUUCCACCAUUGGGUCAAAUCACAGAAAAUCAUUUAUUAAAUAAAUUUAUCUUCCGCAAGGUUAAUGUCUCCUGUCACUAAGAACUUUCUCAGCAUACGUAUGAUUUAUUGCAUUAAUUAUUUAUUCUUGGAGAACCUUUUUCCCUCGUACAAACAACUGUAGUAAAAGGUUUUUUUAGAGGAAAGUGUUGUUGAUAAACAGUGUGGGUAAAACUGUAAGUUUUAUGGCCGACGAGGAAUUUUGCUUGUAAAUCACGGAGAGUAGUAAGGACUUAAAGUUUCCUUGAUUGUAAAUGUAGGUAACCAAUAUUUUUGACAAAAUAUCAAAAUUUGCAUGAAGAAAAAUUUUCUUAAAUGCACCUGUUAAGUGUAAGGCAUUUGUUUAGUCAAAAUCGUACAAAAACAUUAUUUUUGUUGCUUUAAAAGUGUGUUUUUUCAGUCGCAAGAGUGUGUAGGUCUGAUGUUUUCUGGGGUAUCUUUGUAACUUGCUGAUGUGUAAAUUGAGAAAGAACUUGGUGCUAUGUAGGCCUCAUACUGUUGCAUACAUCACCCAGAGGCUAAAAAAUCUGUGGGAUAUCGCUGAAACCAACAGUCAAUAGUUGUUUCAUUCAAGGUUUUUUCAAAACAAAAUGUAACUUAAAGUACAAUAGCUUUUCAUAGUUUUUAUAUUUUAUUACAAGUAAGGAGGAAUGUCAUGGAAAAUUUCUUGCAAUUUGUAUGAUUUAUUAGUGUCUGUUCUUUGUACUGCCUGAACACAUUUUAAUGAUGCUUUUGGAGAAGAAUAGUUAAGGUGUCAGUGAUACUUUUUUGGCAUUUUGAUGCUAGACAUUUUUUUUAACAAAAUUAUAUGAGAAAUUGUGAUUCCAGACACGCUUUUGUUGAACAAUAUCUUUGGAUGCGUGGGCUCUUUUCCACGUUGGAGAUUUGCCAGGCUGUAAAAUAUGUGUCUACGUAUUAGCAUUAUGUAAUUGGAUUACAACACCUCUUGUGGCUGAGAGCACCUUGAUAGAAUUUAAAACUUUUUUAUAAGAGUCCAAGGAAGAAUUGUUUACAUGUUUUCCAUAAUUUUCAAAUUCUUUUGUGUGUAGUAUUUGAUUGAAGCAUGCUCGACAAAUAUUGUGUUGGCAGAUUUGUUAAAGUGUUCUUAAAUUUCAUAUAUUGUUUUUUGUUCAUAAAUACCUCUUCCUAGAAUUCUUUGCAUUCAUCAAAAUCAGAGAAUUCCAUAUUAUCACAGUGAUCAUGAAAUUCUAUAAAUUCUAAACUUAAAAGGAUACAGCUGUACAUAGGUUUUGUCAACAGAGAAGAUUUAGGUUGCAGAGUUGAAAUUUUAAGAUAAAAUUUUAUGGAAUUUUUUCAGAAGUUCACCAGUUGGAAAGAAUCCGUAGCAAACUUGUAAUAGACAUUCUUUUGGUUUGUAAAAUUGACUGAAAUGCACCAAGUCCAACUUAUUUUUGUUACACGCAAAAACUGAGCAUGCUUGAAAGGUUGUGAAGACACAGAACUGAUAUACUUUGUGAGGUUAAGUUUAACUGUCUAUCUAAAAGGUGAAUUAUUCUGUCAUCCCAGCAUUUUGUGCUAUGACUAUUUGGUGACCAUGCCAAGAAGAGCAAGUUUUGGCAAGGAAGUAAAAAUUUUGAUACUCAAAUUUUUAGCACUAUAGUUAUCAAUGUGCAUUAGGCAACCUGUAGUCUGAAGUCGGAAUGAGAUAGAGCUUGAACUGGACACACUGCACAAAGUAGCUGAAUUGAUUCAACUGGUUAAAAUGGUCAAACAAGCUGAUUUCCUGCGACUGAAUUGGGUUAUAUAGUUUUUCAUCAAAUAGUGAUUUGAACAUAGAUAAGCUUGGAGCUCUGCAUCGCUGUUAGUUAGUUAGAAGGAAAAAAAACUCUGCAACAUGACAACAUGCAUUCAUAUAAUGAUUCACAUACUUGAUAAUGACGUUGAUCAUAGUGCUGCACACCUUUUGUAAAAAAUUUACGGAAGUUUGAACUAUAUACUCAAUUAAAUGCAUACCUUGAGAUUAAAUGCUGUCGAUGAUGAUGGAUUAGUGUGUGCUAAAAUCUCUUAAGGUCAGACCUGAGGUCACCGAAUGACGCAUAUCAAGGUGGGGGGGAGGGGAUAGGAGGAGUUGGGGAAAGGGUGAGAACACGAGAGCUGAUAAUUUAGGAGAAUCUUUGUUUAAAUUUUUUUGCUUUUUUUAAAAAAAAUUUUCCAUUAAGCUUCAAGUGAACAUUUAACUUAUGUUUUUCCUUUACCCUUUUCACCUCAACAUCAGUGUGCAUAUUCUCCAUACUGUUCUCUAUACAUUUCUUAGGGUACUGACAAGGAGAAUUUGUAUUACAAUCAAGAGCCUCUUUACUUGGUGAUCAUCUCCUAUAAUCUCCUGACCUUAGCCUUUUAACUACCAUGAGUGACCAAGACAGAAUUUCUCCUUACAAUAUCAAUACAAUAUCAAGCAGAAAAGUAACGAGAAUGAAGAAAAAUAUCAGUUUGGGGAUUAUAAGUUGAUCCAAUAUGAAAUUCUCCAAACUAACAUUACAAGAACUGUAUGGAAGACAGUAAGGAGAAUUACUAAUGAGAUCUUGGGAGUUAAAGGGUUAAUGUUUGAUUCAGGGGUGACAUUGUGGGAAGAAAUUAGACACUAGUCAUUCUAAGGGGUUAACAGAAUAAAAAUUGUAUACUUAAUCACGUGCCUGUGCAUGAGAGCACUGUAUUCCACCUUUGAUAUCCUCAUGGAAAUUAUCAGGUCAAGAAUAACUUUUAUUGGUGAUUGAAAUUGUUUAAAACUUCAAUCUUAAUUGACAAUUUUUUGUCUACCUCUAUCAGUGAUCAUGAAAGGGAACUUGGUUUCAGUCUUGUACUGGACAUGCGAGGAUCUACAUGGCCUUCUGUUAAGCCUAUGCUAAAAGCUUUACAGGUUUGUUUCACUUGAUAUUGAAUGAAAAAUUCUUAUUACUCACUAAAGCCGGCGACACACUUGGCCAUUACAUAUGGUAAUCCUGUUGAAUUUUGAUAUAUGAUAUAUGAAUGAUAUAAUGCAAAGUAUGUUGCUGGUCUAAGGUAUAUAAUCUAAGGUGACAUGUGGGAAAUAUAAUGCGCAUAAGCUUAUCCUCUCAGUGAACAUUGCUGAAUAUCAACUGCAUGCUGCUUUGAAGAAGUUUAUGAUACAUCUAAGUGUAAAUCAAGAUAUCUUCUGUAAAAUUAAUACGAAUUAAAGAUGUUGCGCACAGGCAAGCACUUCCUUAUCAUGAAUGGUUAAUAACUGGAGUUCUAAUGAUUUCUCUAAUUUUAUUGCCCAAACAAUCCAGGUUAAAACUGAAUAGUGGUAUUAAUUUGAGCGUUUUAAUAUCAUGUGAACAAUGAAAUUUCGUUUUUCAUUUACAUCAUUGCAUGUGCAGCCUGUACAUAUUAUGCUUUUAUCCACAUGGUGGCUUUCACUAGAAACAAUUGAAACGUCUUUAAUAAUCAAAAUGCCAUAUUCCUGAAUUAUUUCCUCUCUGAAAUAUUGGGCUGAGAUAUUUUACAAGUUACUUUGUGGUUCAAUUUUUGUCGUCAUCUUCUGUACCUGCAUGAGGAUUGGUACUUUGGUGGCCAACGCGACCUUUAGAAUGGCAUGUCUAUGUUCCAUACAAUUACCAUAACAAUAGAUAGAGGGAUUUAAUAAAAUUACUCCCAAGUCUGAGUAUUACACUGAGCACUGCAUGAUUUCACUGGACUGGAUGUUGGCUAAUACAAUUUGUUCGUCUCCUUUAUUGAAACAGAAGCACUUCCUACAGCCCCUUUCUUAAAAAAAUAUGAAAAGUUGUGUAGAUGAUCUCUUACACUGUAAGAUAUGUAAAUAAAUGCAGCUGCAUGUAUAUGUACAUAGAAAGCUUUGUAAAGUCAGCUAAAUAUACAAAUUACAUUCAGGUGGUAAUAAUCAAUAGUUAUUGCCAGCAGUAUCUUUUAUUACCACCUAAAAUCAUGUGGAACAUUAGAAAAUUCAAUAAAUAAAAGAUUGCUCUUACUAAUGGUUUAAAAAUUUCCUUUAACUUGUCAUGCUUAAAUUGAGGAAGAACACUGCUAUAGUGUUUUUUGAAUUAUGAAAUUUCCCUUUAACAAUGUUCAGUAAAAUCAAUGAACUGACCUUCAACAAAGGAGAAUGAAGUAUGUUUUGAGUUAUUAGUCAGUUAAUUAAUUAUUGUUGUUGGUAAUUCAACCAGCUAUUGUGGUGUUAUUUGAUAGGUUAAAAAGAGAUCUCUCUCUGUUUGAUCAUUUCCAAUCAUUUUUCAAUAUAUUCAGAUAUACAACAUGAUAACUCAGCAAAUCUCUUAUUCGAAAUUGAUAAAAAGUGACCUAACUACUGUCUGUCCAAAUUUGCUCAAUCAACAAAUACAAUUGUAUCCUUGAAAAGCCAGUAAAAAAUUAAUUAACUGAAAAUCAGGAUUUCCUUUGAAUUUCAAAGGAACCUGUCAAAAAUGACCACAGUAUUUUCUAAGCCACUUUGAUUAAUUUUCUGUAAUUUAUGAUGGCAGAUUGGAUGACAGUGACAGAUAAAUGUAACACAGCUUUUUACUGUUCCAACGCCUGAGGUAUUUUUCCCCUUUGCAAAAGGUAUUCAUGGCAGUGAUACUAACUAGGGUUUAAUUUUCUUAUUCAUCUUUCAGGAGUGUUUUAUUGCUAAGAUUCAUACUGUUUACCUUCUGAAACCUGACGGAUUUUGGGAACGAAGCAGAGUGUCAUUUGGAAGUUCAAAAUUGUUAUUUGAGGUUAAGUACUGAAAUUCUACCAAAUUGUAUUAUUCUGACUGUGACACAGCAUGGUGGAACUUCAAUACACUGAUAUUGACAAUUUUACCACAAGAUACCUUGCCAUAUAUUAACUCAAGUUAUGAUAACUGUGGUUAAGAAUUCAUGUUGUAUCAUUGCUUUCUGUAAAGAAGUUCCAACAUCUUUGUUUUUUAAAACAUUCAAGACCACUCUAGAAGGUUCCUUGUGAACUGAUAUGUAGACUACAUAUAGUUUAUCUAUCCAUGUAAAAAUGCAAAGGUCAUGUAUGUGUUAAAAAUACUUUUCCUCUUCCAAAUUUAUCUUGUUUUGUUUCACUUCAUCAGGCAUGUGAAAUUAUUGCUAGUUAUCUCUUAAAACAACACAUUACUUCAGUAUUUUACCUUCUGGUUUCUCAGUACAUAUGCUAUCCAGUUGAUCCUGGCAGCUUUGUUACUGUCAAAUCUAACAUAACACAUCUUUAUUCUGUAAAAUGCUCUAUAAGGUCAUGUGAUUUGAUGUCACACUGCCUUAUAAUUCUGUCACCUUUAGCAAUUCUAGUUUCAUUGCUUGUCCUGAUUUCUUUGAUGACCUACAGGUGAAAAACAAUGGCCUAUACAUAGUGAAAUUUGAAACUUUUAUGUCAGACAUAUUGUCCCAAUUCAUCAGAGUUCAAACUGUCUGAUUUGAAAUGUUCUGUCACAGAAGUCUUCCUUUCAAAAGCCUUUCACAAAGCUGUGGUUUUAGAACAUAAACGGUGUGUUGUUAUUGAUUGUUUGCAUAUUGUUUGCUUGUGAAUUUUGUGGUUCUCUGUUAGAUCUGAGAUAAUUUAAUUUAAGGACGACUCCAGCUCUGAGGGAUUGCAUGACAUUUUUCAGAUUUUUGUGGUAACAACUUCUCUAUUGAAAGCUCCUUAUUCAUUUGGUUAUCAUGUCUCUGAGAGAUGAGAUUUGCCCCUCUUAGUGUUACAGGCUUUGAUUUUCUGCCGAUAAAAUAAACAAAUAUGUGCAACUGUAUGAAAAGUUCAGACCUCUUCAACAGCAAGAAUUUAUCUACCAAGGUGAUAAUGUGGGAAAGCCUUUAUGUUAAGUUAUGAUGUGUGGUUGGUACAACAUUUAAAGGUUUCUAUUUUUUACCUUAAAGGUUAGUAUGAUUUGCUCCAUGUGAAAAUGCUUUCAUGUGGAUGGUUUUGUAUAUGGCUUUUUUGUCUCUGUUAUUUUCUUGUACACAAUGUAUUUGUUACAAAUGGCAAAAUUAUGAGUCAAGAGAACAAGUGACACCUCAUUGUUUGUAUGUUUGCCAUUGUUUGUUCUUGAUUGUGGAUUGGGUGAAUAGAACAAUUUUGGUGGCCAACUUCUGUUUUGGUUUUUAGAAGGGCAAAGCUCUUGAGAGGCAAUUAGAAUUGAUUGAAGCCACAUUGAAAUUGAAAUUUGUUGAUAUAAUUCCACAGAUUAUAUAUGUUUCUUUUAUGCAGAGUAUUUUGAUUAAAUCCUGUGAAGGCUAGUUUGCUAUUUCAAUUUGCUGUUUAUGUUUGUAGAUGUGAUGUUUUAUUAUACAUGCUGUAUAUCUUUUUACCAUGCACAGAUAUUACAUAAUGACUUACAUGUAUGAACAGUAAUUCAUGUGUAUAAACCAUUUUAGUCUUUUUUUAUUUGUAGAUUAGUUAAGAUAGCAAUUAUUUUUAUUGUUUCCUAUAGCUGUUUCUAUAGAGUACAUCAUAUACAUCACCAGUGAAUCAAAUUUGUAACAAUGGUUUUUUCAGUUGCUUUGUGCUAAACACUAUUUUAGUUUUUAAAAACACGUUUUUUGUAUCUCUCUCUAAACUCUUCUUAAAAAUUGCUGUGUGAGAAAUAACUAUUGUGUUCAAAGGACAAAAUCUUACUAGAAAACUAAGCUUGCACCAAGAUCUCACUUGAGAACAUGUAACUACAGUAAGCUGAAUAUAUUUGUUUUAAGUCAUGAUGAUGGUGUCUUGUUUUCAUAUCAUCUUGUGACCUUCAUUUUUCUAGUAAAAUGUAGCAUAUAUUUUUUUGAAUUUAAAUUUCCUUUUUUUAAAUUCUGAUCUAUGUAUGUAAAUAUAUUUUUUUUAUCAUCAAGUGUUCUUGAUAGGGCAAAUGUCAAGUGUCUUUAUUUCACUGAAAUCUUUGAAAUUCCUAUCUGUCUGUCAUGGCUUCUUCUAUUUAAAUAGUUAUUUUUUCCUAUCGUCUGCUAUAUGAAUUCAAGGCCAGAACAAGAGUACUUCUUUAAGGCUUAGUCUAGACUUACCAUAUUGUUUUUGAUAUUUGCCUGUCUAAUGUGAAGUGGCAAUGGAAUGGUUUCAGAAUCUGCGUAAAAAAUGACCUCUUUAGUAGCUGCUUCCAACCCACAGAACAUUCACUGCUGGUUAUAUACAUGUAAAUGCUGUACUUUAUUAUUCCUGUGGAAAAACACAUGCCGAGCUGGCAUUGGUUAUGAUUCAUUAAUUUUGGUUCCCCGAGGUUACUAGAUAAUGACCUUUCUUAAUGUAAAGUUUUCCAUUAUGAUGAAAACAAAGACAAAUCAACUUAAAUUCGGUUUAUGCAAAUGGAUUUAAAGGCAGGAAGUCACAUUUAAUGAAUCAGACGGCAGUCAAAAACCAUUUUUGGGGAGUUUGAUUUGAUGAUCACCUUUUGAUGUGGAACUAUUGAUUUAUCAAUCCUACUACUGUUGCUGACCACUUUAUUUCUGGGGCAAAUUGGGCAGAAAUUUAUUCACUGUCAAGUUAUUGAUCGUUUGGUACACAUAAACACAUAUGUUUGGAGUCUUCAAGGCACCUAAGAUUUUAUAAUGUGUUCUUCAGGUUAGUGGAGCAUGACUCAUCUACAAAUAGUAAACAGAGAGAUAUUUUAUCACUCUUUCUGUAUACUCUCGUUUUCUGACUUAUCAAUCAAAUGUUACUAUUCACUUUGUGUUACUCAGAGUUUCGUUUUACUUAAAUUAUUCAAGUUCAAAUGAACUUUUUCCAUUUGCAGUAUGUUUAAGCCAUGUUCCUUUGUUUAUAAAUAUUUUUCCUAGUCCUUUGUUGAUGGUGAUGAAAUAUUGUGUAUUUUCAAACUGUGUUUGCCUGUCCUGUUGCCAUAAGACUUCAUUAUGACAGUCAUUUGGCAUUUUAGAAUGACAUACAAGGUUUGCACUUGAUGGAGUGUUCUGUUGUAUUGUUGUGUUAUAAAUACAAGUUAUUGAACAAUCUAUGUUUAACUUGCAACCGGUGUAAGUCAUGACAGUUGCCCUAGGGCAACACAGUGUAUUUUGAUGACCUCCAAGACCUGUUUCAUUUCCCUAAGAUAUUCCACACAUUUAAAUUUCAAACAGGCAUUGCAUUUUAAUCAAAGAUUCAUGUUAUGUUCAAUUUUGUAAUAUUUUUUAUCUCUAGGCUCAUUUAGUAACAUGGAUUUUUCAAUGUUAGGAACAUUUGCAAACUCAAUGGCUUAUGACUAAUUGUCUACUAAAUUUCACUUUCACAAAUUUUUCUUUCGGUGAACGUUUGAUCAGCACUCAGAAUAUCAAUGCUUAAAUACUCAUUUUUUUGUGAGCCAAACAUUUUAUCCAUGUCAUACACAAUUCUGUGAGUGCAAGUUUUUUUUGAAGUAAGUAUUUUUUUAGCUAUUCAUUACAAAAAUAAGUUAUAUCUUGAUGGUUUCUUGGCUGUAAAGAUCAGUAAAAUUUCAAUUAUGAUAAUUACUGGUUCGUGGCACAAUAGAUAUUUUCCACCAGCUGGUUUGUGACAACACUUUCCAAUCUGACAAUCUCUUUGAUGUUCAAGCUUUUAAAUGGGGUGAUUUAAAAUUUUUUCAAAUUGUGAUUUUUGCAAAUUCUUCUGCUCAAUACACAGAUUUAAGUUUAUUAGACCUGAGUGUUUGUCUUUUUCGGUGCAGUGUAUACCAGUAUGUAGAAACUGUUUGAACACAUAGUCUAAUUAAAUAAAAUUUCACUCUGAAAUAAUUUUUUUCUGUCUAGUUACUCUUUACUGUUAUGAUGUCUUGCAUGUACAAAAUUUAUUCUUUGGUUUUAGGCAUCAAAUUUUACAUGCAAUAAAAUUUGUUAUGAAAUAUAGUACAGUCCCUAAUAAAUCCAGAUAAGAUAUUUUUGGUAUCACCUCCCUAAAGGUACAAUUUUUGUUAUCUUUAAAGCAAAGUUACCUUUUUAAGUAAACAUACUGACAUGAUUUUUUUGAUGAUUUGAUUGAGUUUGAAUUUGUUGGUUUGUCACACAUACAUGUGAAUUAAGUCCAGAAAUGACAAAGGAAAUCUCACAAGUGACAAUCAGCUCCCAACUAGAGUCUGCGAGGCAGGGGUUCAGCAUCUGUCAAACCCCCUGAGUCUUUAAGGCUUCUUUUCUGCAAUUGCUAAAAACCUGUAAGGAUCAUUUCUUGCUUGUUUAAUUGCAUUUGUUAUAAAUGUAUUGUCAAGGUGUACAUUUGAGUGUUAAGGCUGUAAGGAUUUUUUUUUAAGUCCCAAAAUAUAUUUUACUGACCUGAAGGCAAUGUAGCUUUGUCAAGUUAUAUGUACUUUGUUGUGUCAAGUUAUAUGUACUUUGCUGUACCAACUGCCUGGACAAGAUCGGGCACUAAGCUUUUGCCAAACUCAGUUUAUUAUAAGUGAUGUGCACUACUUUAUUUCCAGGUUGAAAUUGUAAUAAUUUAAAAGGCAGUUAUAUUUUUAAAGAAUUUCCUUGUUGUUUUUUUUUUUGGUAUUGUUUGGUGGAACCUAUAUUACAGUUUUUGUGAUGGAUAUCUUCUUUUGACCCUUUGACUCCUAGGACUGACUAGCAUGUAAUUUCUCCUUACAUCACUUCCCUGGAAUCAAAAAUUAAGGUUCUGAGAACGAAGGAAGUGAUCACUGACUAGCUCGUGAUUGUCAAACAAAUUCUCCUUGUCAGCACCUAAGAGACUGUAUAGAGGGCAGUAUGGAGAAUGUGGCCCUCAUAUUGUUUACCACUCUACUGUAUGUUGUUGACUGUAACAAUUUAGUUGAAAUGCAGUAGGGGCCUAAGAUCUUAUCAGUUUAGGGUAAAUGAUGUCUAGAGUUUAAUUCCUGUUCAGAUUAAUUAUUCUCCUUAAGUCUAAAUGAGAUGACUGGGAAGAAAUUUAAACUCUGUAAUUACUUGGAACAUCCAGUUGUUCAUUAAAGUUGAACUCUUUUGAAUGAAUCAUUAUCACAGGAGUUGAUUUCUUGUCAUAUCCUUCCAAUUGAAAGUCACACUCUUUUUCCUAGAGAGUUUGAAGUAUUACGCACGGAUAUAUUUGGGUGAAAUGUAGGUAUCUUUAAAAAGGAGUCCUUUUGGAGAGCUUAAGUUGUAGGUUUUUUAAAAAGUAUGUUCUCAAAAUAGUGUGCAGUUGAUUACAUGAAGCACCUGCUCAAAUGUGUAGAAAUCAAUGUUCUACUGAUUCUUUCUACAGUUCCAUUUCCAUGGUUGCCAUUCUCUUCAUUUGAGCUUUCCAAAGGCUCACUGAAAGUAGAAAGCAAAACUAUGUUAAAAAAAACUUGUUUUUCUUCCAUGAGGAUAAGGUUAAUUUUUAAAAAGUGUUUUCAGACUUUCCCAGCAUGUGUCUCAACAUUUUGGUUAUUGUUGUGACCCACUAGCCACUAAAUAUUGGAAACAAUUGAUUGCACAGCAGGGGUUUUGCUGGCUGUUCACAAUUUAUAAAAUAAUCAAUCAGGCUAGAUUUCCCCAAUUUUUCUUUUUAGCCUUCUUUGCAUAUUAUCAAAAUUAACCUUUGCAGGUGAUGUUUGUUAAAUGAAAAAUGAUUUGCACUGGAGAUUAUGUGUUCCUUUGAUUUUAGUGAUGACUUUCUCAAGGCAUGUGAUGAUGUUUGAUGUGUAUCAUAUGAUCUCUCUUGGAUUAAUGUUGGUGUAUCCUCCAGCAAGGCUUUAUACAUCAUGUAUCCUCUCAUAUUUUUCUCAGCAUUGUAAGAAAUAUGGUAUUGUGCCGACUUUUAUUUAUUUUUUGUGGUGUAAUAUUUUAUUUUCGAUGGUUUGUGUGUAAUGUUGUGUGUCAUGUCUUGUUGCUUUAAAUUGAACAUUGAUGUUAAAACUUAGCUUUAAUCUUUAAUCUCCUUAAAGUGGGAUAUCUUUGGCAUGAAAAGGAGUUAUUUUUUAAGUGGGUGUAGUCAUAAUCUCCACAUUGUGGAGAUAAUACGUGAUGUAUUUCGUAUGUGCUAUUGGCAUUUGACUACAAGUUCUGAAUACUACAAUAGGUACAAAGAUUGAGGUUUUUCUAUCUGGUGAAGAAUUUUGAAUGUUGGUUUCAGCAUAGUGAUGAUGACAAAUUACUCAUAGUAACUGUUGGUUGUACAUAUUUCAUUGCAUAAUAGUAAAAUACUUGCUAUUUGAUUUUUGGUGUCACUACACCACAGAUCAAGUUCAUUUUAUGUUUAAUUUUCUUUCAACUCUAUGCUAAAUUUAAGUUUUAUAUUUCUAUGUUAUAAAUUCACUUUUACGCAUUACCACUCGUAAAUCAAGGUAAAUGUAUGAUGAAAAUUGAACAAUAGCUGAUACUUACCACUAAAAUUUCUGUUUAUAGCAACUCAUGUUGAUAUGUUCUGUAAACUAAGGUUUAUAUGUAGAUGCUGUUAGUUGGAACAUAUUUGUUCUUGAACUAAUUAACAAUUGGUUCAUGCUUUAGUGUGCACUAUCGAGUUAUGGAGCACGUGGGAAGUUUGGAGAGCACUCAAGAAGCUAGAGUUGCCCUUGGCUAUUGCCUUGGGCGACUCUUAUGCUUCUUGAGUGCUCUCCAAACUUCCCAUGUGCUCCAUAACUUGAUAGUGCACGGCUAAAAGCAUGAACCAAUUGUUUUAUAACGUAGCUAGUCGGACAGUGAAGCAAUCGUGAUGGCGCUGAUGCCGAGUCUCCUUUUCCGUUGUUUUUCUCUUUUUCUGCCUCAACUCUAGCCCAAGGGAAAAGGUUGGAAAAUUGUCUUCGUUUUGGGACUGGUGGGCUGAGUUUCUGUUUGUAUCCAUUAUUGUUUUUCCCCGCACUAACAAUGGCUGCUCACAUGAAAAAAACAAUUUCUGGAGAAGUGAUUUGCUCACACAAUCAGGGUACACUAUCGGAUUUUGAGCAUGCUUACAUAUACUGAAUUUGAUUGCACGGCUCUACCAGCUAUGUUAUAAUACUUAAUAUAACUGAUAUAAAAAGACUUCUGGUGGGUUAGAUGUGCACCUGUUAUUUACAAGGGCAGAACAGAGUCCAGUUGAAAAAAAAAAAACUUCAUUUUUCACUUAUCCUUCCUUUUUCCCUUUCUUCCUUCUCUCCUUUAUAUUUACACUGUUCAUGUUAAAUUGUUUUUUUUUCCUAGACAUUGACUUGUGCACCUUGUAAACAAUUCACAUUAAUGUUUUUACCUCAAGCUGAAAGUGAAAUGAAUUAUCUAUUGAUGACUUUUACAUGUUAUUAUUUUAUCUCUCAGUUUCAGGGUGCACUAUGAUUGGUCAGUGAAAUAUGGCUGACUUAUCAAAGUGCACCUUGUUAUACUGUUAAAUUAAUAUAAUAAUAAUAAUACAAACAUAUUUAUGCAGGAUUGCUGCUUCAGUUUUAAGGAAAAAAACUGCUAUCAAUGCAGGUCCUGUAAAAACUUUCUUAGGAAAUAUUUCACAAAUUUUAGAUAAUUUUGAAAACAUCUUUCGAUAAUUUGUUUGUAUUGAAAUCUCCCCCUCUAUUUGAACUGAGAGAUAUAAUAUUUAUCUUACUAUCCCUGUUUUCUCGGCCUACGUUGUAAGUUACGGAACCUCAGCCCAUAACUUACCAUGCAGACCUUGAACUCAGUUUUUAAGAGGUAUUACAGCAUGCCUUUAAUUUUGAAUUGUUUCGUCGUAGUAAUUAAUUACUGAGACGAUGAUCACAUGGUAAUUUGAAAAAUGUGAUAUUUCAUUUCAGACUGCCCUCACAUCUCUGGAUGGUCUCGCAAAAUUUAUCGACAUUGAUCAGCUAACUUUAGAUCUGGGAGGUACCUUUAAGUAUGAUCAUUCCAAGUGGAUCAACAUGCGAAUGGUGAGUUACAAACUUUACCAAAGGCUUAGAAUCUCACCAACCAACUGGCCAAUCUCUACCUUAGAUGCAGAUGCAUGUUAUCGGUUAAUGGUUCUUUUGAUGUUGCGUGUCUUUAUUGUGGGCAUCUAUGUGGUUCGUAAAUUUCUAGAACUUAAAAUAUAUUAUUGGUGUAUUUCUUGAAAGGAAUUCCCAAUUUUCAGUAGAUAUUCUCUCCUCUCUCAUCAUUUGUUGGCUUGGUAUAUUCAUUGUAUUGAAAAAUGUACAUCAUUGCAAAGGUUUCCAAAGAAUAUCACAAGUGAUGAAGAGUUUCAAGUACAUUGCAGAUCAUAAUAUCCUAUGAAUGUUUUGAUUUUCUCCUCAGAGUUAAUGAGAUGUUAUAUUAUUAUUAUUGUCAAUUCCUAAACGAGACAUGACUGAAAUUAGCAAAAACAGUUGCAAUAAUUUAAGUGGUUUUUGGGUGAUCAAAUUGAAUGCCUUUUUAUGAAGAAGUCCAAUUUUCCUCCUGAUUUAGACAAGUAUCCAAGUUUGCAGUCCUCUUUUAUAUUUUUGUGUGUGAAUUUGCAUUUUAUAUAUGAGAAAAAGCAAAUUGACUGAAUUUCUGAUGUAAUACUGAUAAAUAAGGGAGAUAGCUUGAGAUCAGGCCUGAGAUCAAUACCACCUGUUGACACACAGCUGAAAGUUACAAUAUCCUGUUUUAUUCUUCUGACAAUUCACAACUAAACUGCAGUUAGCAUUAUGUUGACAGAGGUUACUUUGAAUUUCUUUGGUUUUUAAGAUAAAUUCUUUCAUAUUUUAUAAAGAGAAAAUUGGAUUGUUUUAUCUCCCUGAAACACUGAUUUGUAUUCUGUAGACUCACUUGAAUUUAAUUAAACAGAUAAGAUUAAUUGAUUGGAUAAUGGGCUUUGGCUUAUAACAAGAUAUUCCUCAGGAACAGGUGAAGGAGACCUAUGGACAGGCAUUGGGAAAAUAACACUUGGUCUUAUCUUCCCAAAAUCAAAUCAGUUGUACCAACAAAUAUGAUUAAAACAUGAUGGUACAUAGUGACAAAAAGUAUGCUGUCAAAACCAUUUUCAGUACAUGGUUAUUGAGGUUGUAAAGAAAUAAAAUCAUGCAGCAUGAGCUUGGCUGUUGUUUGAUGAAGAGUUUUGACGAUAUGUAUAAGGUGUCGCUUUUUCUCUUUCAGGCACUGGAAAAAUUUCUGUAUGAGGCCUCAUCGUUAUUAGCCAAGUUAGAAGAAAUUCAAGAUGGCUUAGACAAGGAAGAUUUUUCUGAUACUCUUGAGGGUCUCAAAGAUCAAAUUAAGCAUAAUCAACAUGUGAAAAAAUGGAUUAUCAAAGCACCUGUGGAAUUAUUGCAAGAGGAGGGGGAAAAAAUUCGCAAUACUAUAAAAAAUCCAAGCUAUGAAGAUUCUGAAGAUAGUUUAACGGAGGACGAUGUGAAGAAAGCAGAACUACAGAUACAGGAAUUAGUGGAAGGCUUGCAUACCAAGAGGCAAAAGUUGAGGGAAUUAUGGAACUUGCGGAAGAUGAGACUGGAUCAGUGUUUCCAGUACCGUGUUUUCCAACAAGAUGCUGAGAAGGUAAAGACAUUUUUUGACAGAUUGUAUUUGAAAAUCUGUACAAAAUAUUAUUUAUUCCUUUUCCUUGAAUUUCUUAUUUGCUGAAAAUUCAUCUCUUGUUUGCACCAUUUUUUUUUUCUCAAGCGAUUGCAACCCACUUCUUAUUUCCAUUAAGGUAUUCCUUUGUUCUUCAUGAUAUGGGUAUACUUCACUAUUAAAAUUCAGCAGUAUGCAAAUUGAAAGCAUGACUUGGGGUUAAAUUUCCUUCUCUGGUGUACAUGUUUAAGGGCUAUCAAUCCUCACAGAAAUAUUACGAUUCAGUUCAUUUGUUCUAGUUGAAAUUUUUAUUAAGUUAUGUGGAAAGACCAUCAACUGAAAUAGACCAAGUGAUUUCGAUUCAAAACUUCAGCUGACAUUUCCUUUCUUGUUAAUGAUGUAUAUCAGCAGCAUCAAAACAAGCCAGAAUCAUCAGAGCACAUUUUUAUUUUGGUAUUUUGACAGAAGAAAAUUAUGAGGAUUAGGCUAUGGAAUACACUAGAAGGAAUUGCUUUGUAUGCUAUUGUUUUUAUUGACUUUUAGCAACAACAAUGUAGUCACUGGUCUCACAGAUUUUCAGUUUAAAACAAUAUGUUUAUUUAGAGACAUUGAGUGAGUCAGAUGUUUAAAAGUGGAAAAUUUUACCAUUCUUUCAGUUGGACUUGCAAUACAAUGUUUACUGCCUUACUGCUCUUCCUGGGCACAGCUCCUCAUUACACCUUCACAGCCAAUGGGAAAAAAGUUAUAGAAACCCAACCAUUUUUUCAACAGCAUGACGUUAUCACUAUCACAACAUAACUAUACCAUCCCCUAUGCUUCUCAUGGCCAAUUUAUAAACAGUGCACUGUGGCUUCUGAGUAAGAAGUUUUUAAAUAAGAAAAGCGCUCUAUUUCUGCCUUAACAUCUUUGAAAAGUGCAUGUGGUUCUCAGGAGGUGCGCUGUCAAUACCAUAGUUUAAACUUCAAAUGAAGUGUACUGCUUUGAUAUGAAGUAGAGUUUCUCUGUGCAGUGACUCCUGAUUGAAGAAAUUUGCUGCAGACGUACAUACUUAAUUACUAGACAGUUGAGUGGGACAAUUAGGAAGCCUGACAUUUAAUUUGCAAGGUAGCUUCAGUAAUUUUUUUGUGUCGAUGCAUGCAAAUGGAUUAUGUCUCUCUCUACAUCAAAGGCUUCUUGACACAGGUUUAGUUUUGUACCAUUACAUGUAAUUGCACAGUCAUGUUCUCUAAAGAUUCUGAUCGUAGAAAAUGGCUUUUAAUCUUGGAGAUUGCCUGGGGCUUAAUUUAUUGUGUAUAGAUACCUUGUGAUAAGGCUUUUCUUUUGUUGUUGUUGUCUCUGGUCUGCAACAGCUUGUGAAAACUGUAUGGUAGAUAAUAUAAAUUUCAAACACCAAAACGACAGGCUUGUUGUGAUAAGUGGUUAAUUUAGAGAAUAAAGGAAGGAAUUCUUUUAUUCUAUAAAUUCAUUUUUGCAGCCAUCAUUGGGAAAAGUUUUCCUUAAAAAUUUGAUGUUAUUCAGUAUUUUGAAAUACAUGAAAAAAUUGUACUUAUUUUCUAUAGAGGAAACUUUUUAGCAUGAGAGUGUAUGCAGCUAGGUGCACUAUUUUUUUUCCUUUUUAUCAUUGUACUUGUUCAAAAAAUUCUGCCUAGACUUAGUAACUUUAGAAAAUUAUUUGCCCAAAGAUAAUUUGAUAGAUACAAACUCUUCUUUGAUGUCAUAAAUUUAAAUACUUUUGAUAAGAACAUCAAAAUAAAAUCUUAACACUUAAAUGGCUCUCAGAAAAUGUAGUAAAGUGGCAUUUUGAGGUUUUUACCGAUGUUUAAAAACCCUCCUUGGUUAAUUAAGUGAAUCCUGUGGUUUAUUUGCUUUUAGCUUGGUUCUAUUUCUUAGCAGGGGAUAUGGUGAGUUGUCAUAGUAAGGCUUAAAACAGAUGCCAUUGAACCUUUGUUUUUCUUGUAUAGGCCUAUCAGAGCUUCAUGAUCUUGCUUUUAUUCUGUAAAUCCUUUAAUCCCAAUAAUGGCAUUUUCAUGUGAUAAAACUGUGGUGUUUUUGUGUUCUUUGUGUAGCUCUGGAAUGGUUAAUGUGAGACUAUGCAGUUUUAACACCGAUCAACCCUUUUUAGCUGGAUUUUUUAUUUAUUUUUGUUUGUCAUGCAAAAAUGUCAUGUUUGGAGUUUUUCUAAUUAAAAUGGAGAAUGAUAGAUUGUGGUUUAGUUACUGAUGUUAUCAUUGUCUUUUAUUUUUGAUUCCUGUGGGUCCAGCUUGAUUGAUAAGGAGAUUGCUUCUUUGAAAUUGAGAAAAUCUGUUUUGGUUUUUCAAUGACAAUGAUUUUAAUUUGUGCUUUGUGAGUUCAAUUGCGACAUUACCUGCAGCCUCAGUGGUUUCAGUACCAAGUGUAAUUUCCUUUUUCUCCACAAACCCCAGGACAUUAUUAUCUGAUCUGUCAGGAUCUUCUUUCUAUCCUUUGAGAAUGCCGUUUAUUAAACUCAAUCAGCACAGAGAGAUUGUCAACAAAGUACAGAAAUUUGCAAUUUUUCAAAAACAGACAGAGCUCAUUAAAAAUUUAUUGGUCGUAGUCUGCGAUCAGACAGCUAGUCUGCAAGGCAGAACAACACAGAUUAUUUAUGGUGAUUUUAUUGUGAAGAGGUUUAGGAAGCCAGAAGAUUGUCGCUUUAACUAUAGAAGUGCACAAUAUUUACGUACCAGUUGGUCAGUAAGCAGUAAAACCUUCUGUAUUCUUGUCAACUUAUAUUUAAUAAUCCUUACACGAAAGGUUAAACACAAGGAUAUCAGAGGGUGGGUAGUGUUAAACCAGAAUUGAGCCCUGUAACAAGAUCUUUGCUCAUAAGAGAUUAACUUGAAUGUGCAAACCUAACAGGUGUUUGAAGUAUUGCAUGUGAAGAACAAAAACCCUUGAAAAUUUGUAAAAUGUUUGCAGUAAUUUUGCAGUUUAAUUUCAUGCUCUGCAUGAGCCAUACUUUGAGGUUGGGUGAUUGUUGCUGGUGCUAAAUAUUUUUUUUUUAAAGAAUACUCUGCCUUCAAACCAAGCUCUCUUUUAUUUUACAAAUCACAGCUAUUAAACUUCAUGGCUCUGCAGUCGGGGGAGUUUUUGUUUACUAGGUUGAAGUGAAUUGAAAUUUUGUGCAAAGCCAUGGUAACCUAACUAUUACAUCCUGUUUGCUUUGAAGCUCAUGUGGAUUUAGGAUGUUGGCCAAAGGUUCAGGAACUCUUUAUUUUAGAAUAUAAUAAGUUAAAUAUUUUUCUUUUUAUGAUCACUACAACUUUUCUAAAAAUAUCCAACAAUUGUAGUGAUUAGAAGAUCAAGAGGUUUGCAGUAAAAUGUAGUAGAGGAACCGACUUCAAAUUUAGUUUUCUUGAUGGGAAAUUGGUCAGGUGUGAUACAGAAUUAUGUCUACUGAAAAAAAAAGAGAAGCUCUUUAAGGGCUAAUUCUGCUUACUCAGUCGUUCAUAUAGAAAUGUAAAUUUUAUGGCAAAAUUUGGCUUUUUAUUGGUGCACAAUUUGCCAACAGCUGCACUCAUAAUAUUUUCAAACUGGUUAGCUCUCUGUUUGAUCAGCGGUGUAAUCCUUUCGAAUAUUUCUGACAUUAUUUGACAAGUAGACAAGGCCAUUUCCUUCUGAAAUUAAGUUUCUUAACUAGCCAGCUGAUUUUUUUUUGUGUUCAGAAUUUAUAAGUUUACUGAGACAUCAGUUUUUUCACUUUUUGUUGCUUUCUUCUGGUUGGUCUUGUGUGUGCAGAGCAAAAUGGCUCUGCUUUCACAGACGUAAGUGCAAUAUUGAAAUAUUAUUACCAUGAGGAUUGGAAAUUAGCUUGGUCAGGACUCAUCAAGUAUUAUAUUGAAACUGUCACAGUGAACAAAUCAUCCUGAGGCAAAAUCCAAUAUUUCAGCGGUGGUUUUUUUGCCAAUUUUGUUUUUCAGAUGCUGGUAUGGAUAAGGGAGAAUCAUCAGGAGUUUUUACUGAAUUAUGCCGAAAUUGGAAAUGAUACAACCUCUGCUGAUGAACUUCAAGAAGAGCAUCGAAAUUUCCAAGGCAGUUGUAUGGUAAGUCAAGUCUUAGGUUCUAAGCUGAGGAACAAUGAUAUUAUCUCCAAGCAAUUUAGUUGCAUUUAUGUUCAAAAUAAGUCUGUAAGGAUAUUUGAAUCUUGUAUUUCAAGAGCUUGUCUGUUUGUAGUUGUUAUUAGUGUUCAAACAAUUUAGUUCCAAGAGACCUUUAAAUGUAUAUCACUGCUUUUUGUGGUUUUAACUACCAGUGCUUCAUGGCUCUUGAAAUGUGAAAAUUUCAAAUCGGAUAUUCCUACACAUGUAUAUAAUUACAUAUAAAUAAUAUAAGGAAAUCUUUAAUCACCUCUCUUGUAAUCUUAUUAUGUUCUAGUUAAACAUACAUUCCAUGGUCAGUUUUGUCUCUAUACAGUAUGUUGUUUUCCAAGUUGUCUCUUGUCCAUAAAUCAUUAUUCUUUUGCAGUGAAUGUCUGGUAUGGCAUUUCAAGUGCUGCACCCACUUUAGAUGUUUCAUUUUCCUUUUUUUGGAAUAAUAGUGUGAUAUUGUUUUUGCACUUGAGUGCAAUUUUGUUAUGCUUCUGAUUCAAAAUUUUCUGUGGUUAUUUCCUGUUUUACUAAGAUAGGCAAAGCGUUUUAACAUAAACUUUCUUUGAUUGGCUCAAACUGUGCCACGUCAAUAAAAAAUUAUGCUAUUUUGAGUUUGCAUGAUGGAGGCCUACACUCCCUUGAUAUAAUAUUAUAACCACACAUAAUUAUAUUCAAAGAAAAUCUUCUAAGCUGUUUUUUAAUCAUUAAAAUGCAAUUGGAUUGAAAUUUAAAUCAGUUACAAGAAGUUUGGCCAGUCUAAAGUUAAGUCUUGACUCAAUUUAUUGCCUGGAUGUAGCUGUGCCUUGUGGAAGAGAAAAAAAUUAAUUUUUUCAGACACAACAUUUGCAUAAGGAAAAGCAAUAUUGUCAAACUUGACACUCAUAUUUGUUGCUACUUUGAUUAAUUUAACAACAAGAAUGUAAAUAUUUAAAAGAAGCAGGCUUGUGUAGCUUUGUUUAUAAUUUAUGCAUAAUUAUUUAAAGGCUAUGAUGUAUUAUAAUGUAAUUUUUUCAGUUUUUUUUUUUGCAUGUUUUGGUUUCAUUUCUGGUACCUGUUGGAUCAGUCUCAGAAAAUUAUCCAGUGCUGCCAAUAUAAUCUCUCAGUUGUAAGCAUUUUAAGUGAAAUUUUUAUGUGAAUUAUUUACAAGAUAACAUCAGAUGAAAUCUAUCUGAUAAGCCAAGGUUUAUGGUUGAGGGAUCCUUUUUUAAAGAGAGAAGAUGCUAAAUCCAAUAUCAUUUCAAGGUAUCGGUACUUGAUAUUUAUAAGUGUGGUUUAGAAUUACACCGCUUGGCCUGUAAAUUGUUGAAAGUUGAAGUUGAACUUAAAGUUAGCCAAAGCCAAAUCUGAGGUAAACACCACACCUGCAAAGAUCUUAUUUCAGCAAGAUAAAAAGUUUACUCAAAAGUCCUAAUUAUAAAAAUGUUUUUAUGAUGGUUUUCUUCAAGGUUUUCAUGAUAACUUUGACCCUAGUUGUUGGAUACUUAACAAAAGUUGAAACUGGAACAAUUUAAACUUUUCACUCUGGUGUAUUAUUAAGCUUUCUUCAACUAUUUUCUUUGUUAUUGUCACAAAUGAAAACAAAGUAUGAAAUUUAAAAAAUGUUACUUAUGAGGAGGAGUCUUAAAGUAGGAGGAGGACAGGGUGUGUUUGUGCUCAAAAGCUGCCUCUUUCUUUCAAAAUGUAACAGUGUUGUUUAGACCACACAAACACAGUUCUGUUUGUUGAUUGAUUCUUAGGAUAAUAAGGGUAAUACAUGACACUUCUAAAUAUGGUGCAGUAGAGCCAUUUAGCCCUAUCUCCCUCAACUCAAUUCUGCCAGUUAUUAUUCUAUACAUGAUAUAAUUCCACUGGGCUUGCUAUGAGAAUUCGUAUCGCCUUUGUGAUAAUUUUGUUUGCAUUCAGUACCUUCCUGCUUGAGUGUUUUUUCAAAUGAAAUGAGAAUGUAAUAUACACUGGAUAGCUUAGUUGUUGAGUUUUUUUUCCACUUGUCCACUGAGUAAUGAUUGCUACAUGCUGCAAACAUAUGGUUCUUGUACUCUAGCUCAGUGUCGUUGGUCUCAGCACAAUUUUUAACAGGGUAGAUGAGUAAUGCCAUCCAACAGGUAAAAUGCCAUCCAGUAGAUGAGUGAUUACAAAACAUACUGCUGUUCUAUCCACUGGAUAGAGGUAUAUUUAGUGCUUGGCAUUAUCCAGCCUUUAACUUAACACAGCUCUAAUUCCAAACCCUUGCAUCUGGUAAGGCUCCUUCCGUUAAUUAGUUUGCAUUUAUGUGGAAGAGAAGUUACUCUCACAUUGUUUGAUUCAUAAAAAUCAACUGUAAUGAUGCAAGUGGGGGGGAGGGGGAGGGGGGAAAACCAUAUCCCUUUUGCUGUGAGAAGGGAUCUCUUUAUUUGUUUUUGUCACACCAUAGUCACCCUCAGAGGUUUCAACAACUUUUUCUAUAGAGAGAUGUGGAAAGUGUUAUAGGGAUAGGCCUGAAAAAAUGGCAGUUUGGCAAAACCAAGACACAAAAGCCAGUUCAUAAGCUAAAAGGACAUCAGGUAGAGAUCUGAUAAGCUGUGGUAGACCACUGAUAACUGACUUCUAUCAUAGCCCUUGCAUUCUGAAGUCCUUGCACCCUGAAACCCAGGUUUACUCACUUCCACAACAUUAAUUUUUCAAUAGUUUCCUGACCAGCACAGAAGAAAAUUGUAAACUUUCUUAGGUUACUUCGUAACUGUUUACUUUUUUAUGCAAAGAAUACUCUGCCAAUGAAAGAAGUUUUAAUUUUUUAUUUCUAAUGAUUAUGAAACAGUAAGAAAAUUUAGGUUCUAUUUUAUUAGUUUUAAUUGCUGUCCUUCUUUAAUGAUUGGAAGCAAUUUUAAGCCAUUUAGAAAAGUGUGAAGUGGAGUUUGUUUUUUUAAUUUACUUUCUGUAGCACAACCUUUACUUUUAAAUAUCAAGGGUUACUAUGUGUGAAGAGUAUUUGAAUUUAAUUUUAUGGUGGCAGAGGUAACAAUAGACAUUUUAUAUGUCUCCAUCCUUGGAGACCCAACGGAAAAUAGUUGAAUGAGAAGAAAUACAACAGCAGUUUCAUUUCAAGGUUACAGUUUAGUUCAAUCCUUGCCAAAGUCAAACCAAAACCACUGUUAGUAGUAAUUUCUGGCUACUUUAUAAUUUGACUUCGGGUCUCCAAGGGUAAUAUUUCUCUUGGGUGAAAAAACCACCCAAAAAAAUAAUUGACGCAAUAGAUCAGAAAAGGAAUAAUUUUGAAGCUGUCAACAAAUUGAAUUAAAUUGAUAAGAUGGAGAGCUUAAAAUACAUGAAUCUACUACCUUCCAAAAGAAUGUUGAAAAAUUUUUGCAUGAGACCUUGAAUAAACUGAGGCAAACAGUAUUAGCAUUGAAAUUAAGGAAAAUUUUGCCAUUGUGUGGUCCAUCAUAUUUCAGUGUAGUCAAAUUCAGAGUGCAUGGCAGUCUUUAAGUGCUGUUUUUAACUUUUUUAACCAACAAGCUGUCCUUUGAUACUGUGUCUAAUCUUAUGAAGAGUUUGAUGUUUUCAGUUUCUUAAAAGAUGCAAUAAAAUAUGACAGAUCAAUUUUAAAAUCAAUUUCUCAUGAUUCCUUUUUGACAUUGAUGAUACCUUUACUUCCUGUGUUCAGAUGUUUUUUAAUUACUUUUGCAAUUUUAUUCUGGCAUAUGAUAACAUUUGUUUGCUAGUAAAGCAAAUUCUGUUUGAAGAAACAGAGUAAGUAAAACACGUUCUAAGGUACAUAUGGCUGUACUUCUUGGUGAGUUGGCAUGUCACAUUACGUGCAAAAGACUUAUCCUAUUAGGUCUAAAAAACACCUGUAUCAUGUUUCUUUUCAAUGAAAUCCCCAGAAAUCCUCAUUUUAAUUUUAAAUAUGAAGCUUUGUGGCCUGUUUAUCAAGGGAUUCCUGACACUUCUGAGGAUGUUAAUUAUUAAAGGAAAUUCAGUGACUCAUGAAUGACAAUACAUGACUGUGAUCUCUUAUGAUCCUCAGUUUGGCUCUUAAUGUUAAUUGCUAUUGGCAACUUUGCUUAAUCUUGAUCUGAUCUUGAAUAAUGACAAUGCUGGGUGUAGUUUUACCUGCUUUCUUGUUGGGGGGUUUUUCAUUUCAAUCAAAAAAUGUUUGUUCAUGGGAGAACUUGAAUAUUUAUCUGGCCUGAAGGAAUUGGAAAGGAAGAAACAGGAAUUAGCAUUCACACAUGGUAGGAAUAGUUGACUAAUAAUUAUAUUUUAAGAACCAAUUUUCAGGAAUGAAAUGCCUAGUAUUUCACAAACCAGAAUUACAUAGAAUUUUGUAUUUUAUUGCUGGGAAAUCUGGAAUUUUGUAUCUUAUUUGCUGGGAAAUCUGUUAUGAUUUCUUAAACUUAUACAUGUAGCUAAAUAAUGUUUAAAAAAUGUUUUUAAAGCUUUCAAUGACACAAAAUGACAAUUUCAAUGUUCUUAUUUUUAAGUUCUAAUUUUCUUUUGGAAUGUGAAUCUUUUCAUGUGGAAGUUCUCAGCUAUCUGACAGUGUUUCUGUGUUUGAAUGCUUGUACACUACUUUGAUUACAUCUACUAUUGCCAAUAGAUUUGAAUUUCUCCGAAAUAUUCAAACAUGUAAGGCAUUUUAAAACAGCAUGAGUUAAUUGAAAUUGAGUGUAAUCUCUUUCUGAUUUACUACAGAUUUUAAAAGAGGUCUACAUUUUAUUCCAGGUGAUAUUCUUCUACAUUUUUCUUAUUUGAAUACAGGUCUUCAACAGUGAAAUACUUUUUGCAACAAGCAUUACAUGUGACAAAUGUAGUAGAUGUGUUGUGGAUUAAUUCAUGCUAAUUUAUACAGAAAUCUCUUAAUACUAACCAGAAAGCUGCAGCUGGCUUGAUGUAUUAAAUUUCUUUCUGUUUACUCAAGAUUACAGUGUAUAUAUUAAGUUGGAGGAAAAAGUUUUUUAGUAAACAUGAAACUGCAUAGAGAUCUUCACUCUGAAGACGAUAUGGAGGUAGAAUGUGGUCUUUACAUUACACCUUCUGCAAUCCAAAUGAACGCGAACUUAAUUGGUGAUACAGUGUAAACAUGACACCAAAGUUUGGUUUUCAGGUUAAUUGGCUGUCAAGGAAUGAAAGGCUUAAUUGAUUAUAAUGGAACACUGUCAUUACACGGACUGAUCAAAUGUUUCAAGCUUGAAAUGAAUUUUAUUUUAUUGCAAAAAGUAGACAGGCAGACUGGCUGCACAGUUUUGGUUGAGAUAGCUAUUUUACAUGUUUGUGAAGAACAUUAUUAUAUUAUGAUGCCAUUGGUAAAUCUCCUUGUGAGGUAAUGCUGUCUGUUUCUUUGGUUGUACCUAUAUUUGGGGUUACCCCUGUUGUUGAUGAGUAUGAAACAUUGAUGUUUGAUAUAUUUAGUAUUGAAGGGCAGAUGCAAGUUCAGAUUUUAAUGUUGCAUUGAUGUCUUUUGCUGCUCAUUCAGUAAAAUAUUUUUAGAAACAUAUCAGGCAAAGCUGUUUAUUAUUUCCACCUUUUUAUAAGGUUUUCUGUGAAAAUUGAUGCUCUCUCCUGUAGCUGCAUUCUGUAUUCUUACAUUUACGGAUAUUGGGCUCAGUGUUAAGUUGUAGCUUUCAUGUAAAAUAUGAAUUGGGUAUUCUUUCAGUUUGAAUUUCAUCAUACAAAAAAAAAAAACAUAUCAAGUCUAGCUCUCUCUCUCCCAAUAAUUUUUGCAGAUUUCAUCUUUACAUUUGUUUACAUUAUCACCCGAUCUCUUAGCAUAUUUCUUGGCAUGUACAGAACACCUCUGGUUGUUUUGGUAGCUAAAUACACAUCAUAAACGGUUUUGUUUUGAAACAUAUCACCAGCUUUUAUAUCAUUAUUUAAGUAUUUCUGGGUUAUGUGUUUUUGAUUAAAACAUGUAAGAAGUAUUUCCACCUCAUGUGUUUUAAAAAUAUAGCCAAUCUGUAAGUUUUGGAUCAAAAUUUGAUGUUGACUUUGUGAGACAUGAUUUCAAGAAGAGGCUGAAAGUUACAAUUUAUGAUUUCAUGGAGUACUCAAUAAACAUGGAGAGCUAUCAGGAAACAACAGAGACUGUGUCGGCAAGGGUGCAAAUAAAUCACUGUGUAGGUGAUAAUUUUGAAAUUUUAUGCCUUUCCUAAAUUUAGGUCUUUAAACUUUUGAAUACUCCUCUUGCAACCUGGUAAUUGACAGUAUUGUGAUAUAUACUAUAGCUUCAGAAAAAGUAGAAAGUUCUCCAUUUUAUUUCAUGAGGAGAGAGUUUUUAAUUCUGUUUUCUAUCAUGACCAGUGUUUACUCUAUGAUCUCUUUCCACCUAUAAAUAUAUAUUUUUUUCCUUCUUGAAAGAAAAACAGAGAUAAAGGAACCUUCCAUGAGAUGCACUAAAAUCACUUUAAAAUUUAUAUUCUCUACCGAAUGUUGAAGCAUGGCACAUGAAAUUUUCCUAUUUGCACCAAGUAUGUAAUAUUUUGUUUUAUUCAUUUUCCAUGUUUCUUUUAUCUAGCAACCAGACAUGAGUAGAGAAUAUUUAUUUUGCAAACAUUUUACAUGUCACCUUGACUUUGUAUGGAUGCAUAUGAUUUUGGCUGAAGUGGAUGGUUUUCAUGUCACUUCCCAUGACCUUGGUAUCUCCUACAAGGGUGAGAAAUAAUUGGUGCUAUAGCAAUUUAAUUCAAAUUUAAAACAUUUCAGUCAAAAUGUCCAAUUUUGCUUGAGGACCUUCUUAGAAAUGAAAUUUCUUGACAUGGAAAUUACAUAUGCCUUGGCGUUCUAAUGUGCCCAAACUUAUUGAUUAGAUUGUUUUACACUGAUGUACAGGUAAUCAGCUGUUCUGAGGAAUCUUAGAAAUUGAGGACAAGUGCCUAUUCAUUUUAUCCUCUUUUUAUUCAAAGCACCAAGUUGAUUGCUUGUUAUUUUCCUUGUCUGUGUGGCCAUGUCAAAUUAAAUGCUGUGGCAAGAAUUUAGCUUUUGAUCGUUUGAACAUCAAAAUGGACCAUUAAUUUUAGUAAAUUACUGCUAAGGGUUUCCAAGAGAGGGUUUCAUUGAUAAUGAUUGCUUGAAAAAGGAGAGGGUGGGGUGAGAUGGGAGGAGUUGGGGGUGGGAAGGGGGGUUAGACAGAGUUGAGGGGAGUGAAUGAAAGGUCUAGGUUAAUGCCUCUGACUCCCAGGGUAGAUCCAACUUACAGUGAAUCACAUUUAUUUGCACAGACAUAAAGAUAUUAAGAUUAAAAUGAGCUUGAAGAGUGUAAAAAAGUAUUUGGUAAACAGUUUUCAAAAAGCUUUUCUUUUGAAGACAAAUUCACCUAGAUAAUUUGGAUCGUUGGCCCUAUUAAAGACAUGUUUUUUCCUUAAAUUUAUCAGAGGUAGUGUUUGUGUGGUCUAAUGUGUUGAGUCAAGUAAAUCUUUGAAAUUUUGACCUUAACCCCUUAACUCCGAGGAUCUCAUUAGAAAUUCUCCUUACUGUCUGCCAUACAGUUCUUUUGAUGUUAGUUUGGAGAAUUUGUAUUGGAUCAACAUAUAAUCCCCUACUUGAUAUUUUUCUUUAUUCUCAUCACUUGUCUGCUUGAUAUUGUAUUGAUAUUAUUAGGAGAAAUUCUGUCUUGGUCAACCAUGGGAGUUAAAGGGUUAAAGAAUUUAGGCAAUACUAGUAAUAUUUGUAUUUGUCUGUAAUGAUUUGUUGUUGACAAAGCAGUCCUUUAGAGGAGAUUUUAAUUGUCACUGGUUUAUAAUGUAAUGAAUUUCUGUCAAGGGUUACUUCCAUUUUUCAUAACUUUUUCACCAAAUACUACAGUAGAUGAAAAAUAUUGUAGAAAAAUUUGAAGUUACCCCACAUGCUUUGAUUUCAUGUUGUUUAUGCAGUGGUUGAAACAUAUUUUUCUAAUUGCCAAUUUUUUUUUUCAUGUGGAAGCAAUAAAUAAGGCAUAAUUAAAGUCAAAUAUUACUUUUUGCAGACCUCAUUCUAAAUACUUCAGUAUCCUAAAUAGAAAAUGCAUCUUUUCAUUAUUAUGAUUUUGAAUGCAAGGCUCAUAAAAAAACCAAUUAAAGGAUUUCAGCUGGAUGUGACAGUGAUUUUUUAUGUCUUGUGAGAUUUAAGAUGUAUCCCUUUUCCUUCAGCUUCUGUUUUAUUAUUUUUGUUAUGUCAGUUGAAGUUUUUUCCUUAAUUGUCUUAUGGCCAAAUAAAUUUUCUCUGAGGUGAUCAGAAGGAAAGUAAAUUUAUUGUAUUGAAUCCAUUAUUUGUAAUGAGAUGAAGCAACUCCUACAAAGCAAAUACAGACAUUGUAUGGGUUAAAAUUGCCUAAUAUAUUAUGUUUGCAGUCAUUACUGAUCAUGAAAUGAGUGAUAAGCUUUUUGGUCAAUUAUUUUCUGGCAGGAAUUUUUCUUGUAUUUUUUCCUGGUUGAAUAAUCAUAGUUUAGUACAACCACACAUGAUUUAACCCAUUAGACUGUGGUGUUAAGAUGCUUUUUAUUGUUUAAUUGGGAGGAAAAAAAAUGUAUUCAAGUCAUUUAGUAAGCAAGUGUUAAAGGAUAUGGGGAGGAAGUGUGUGUCAAUUUCAAAUUUAGGGCUGAGUCUAUGUGUACGUGGAAAAAAUAUUUAUGUUGAGAGGAGAGAUAAACUUUUUUUAUCAGCCAGAAUGGAUAAAUGUUUAUCUGGUAACCCAAAUUAAAACCUGGCAAAUUUUUAUCAAUUUGCACCUGGAUGUGACUACCUUUUCUAUUUCAUAGAGGUCUGCAAUAUUGUUUUCAUUAUCACUGUUUUUGUUUUCCAUUUGUAAAUAAUGGCAAUUCUUUGUCUGGCUUCUCAACUAACAAGCAACAUGAUUUGCUCUGGAAAUUUCUCCUUGGUCUCAUGAAUACUAAUAUUUGGAUGUCUGUCAUGCAAUCAUUAUGGACGUAAAUUAAAGCUGACAAAUGGCAUCGUGUAUUUUCACUGAUAUCUUCAUGAAACAUUUGAUCAUUGGCCUUCCUCUAUUUGAAAUGAUUUCUUAGCUAUCCAGAAGAAAUUUGGUGAGUUUUGAUGUUUAAACUAUCUUUUCAAAUCUUCAGGUUAAAAUUUAAAUUGUUAAGUAAAUUAUGUACUUCUUUGAAUAGUGUCUACACAUUCUAGACAAUUUCAUCAGCACCAUUCCCUCUGCCAUCUUAUUUUGUGUAGUCUUGUUGGAAUAGAUAUUUAACUUUGGUUUGGAAAUAUUCCCUUAAGGAAAGAAAAAAGUAUUUAAAAUAUGGCCAUUUUUGUUUGAUAUUAUUUUAUCUUAAAUUUUCUGUAUUUUUAUGAGUAAUAUAUUAUUAUUUGAAAAUUUUGUCCCAGUGCAGUGCAGGUGACAUGACGUUAGUGGCUGUAAAUUUUUUAAGGGCAUGUCCCUCAAAAAUUUAUUUUUAUUAGUUUAUUUGAUAGACAGAGACUCUUUCUGAAAAUGUAUUUUUGUCAGAAUUAAUGAUAGUAUUAUUUUAUUUCAGUGACAUAAACUAUUGGAUAAAAAAAACUAUAAUUUCAUAACAAACAGAUGAAGGAACCUGUAAAGUUCAUGUUAAGAACCACUGUUCCAUUUUUUUCAGCUCCAGUAACUUGGGUAAUAGAAAAUGCAUUGAAAUUGAGUUAAUUCCUGUCCAACAAAUGCAAAACAACUAUACUACUUUUCCUACAGAAUUGUCUAUGAUAGCAAUCUUCACAAUAAUGAUCACUCCUGCUUAAUUGAGGCCUGAAGAAAAUUCAGGCUAGUACAGGAUUUGAACCCAUGACCUCCACAAUAGCGGUGCAGUGCUUUAUCAACGAGUUAACAAGCUGAACACCACUACAAGAACACUACUGCCUAAUAAGUAGUGUUCAUUACUGGGAAGAUUGCCCUCAUAUUCACUUAUUUAUCCACAGUUCACAUAUGAUUUUCAUAUAUUCACAGUCAUUUUUUUCCUACAGAAUCUGCUUAUCAUAUGAUUUAGGGCAAUUGCAGUUUAAUGCUAAUGCUGAAUGUAAGGAGAUAAACGUUGCAAAAUUUGAUCCAAAAGAAAUCUCUAAUCCAAUUAAUUGUGAAUAACUGUUAGUUAAUUUUUUCAUUUAAAAUAAUGAAAAAAAUAAUUUUAUCAUUUUCUGGUGAAAGAUUACUGGUAAUUGAAUAUUAUUUUUUUCUAAGUGCCAUCUUUCAAAAUUUGAAAAGAUGUGAAAUUUCCUCCUAGUAUGGAAAAAAAUGUAAACAAAUAGCACCUUAUGAGAUUGAGGCUCACACGAUAGCCCUUUUAGGUGUCUGAUUUAUUGUAAUUCAGGAUUUCCUUUUUAUGCAAACGUUAAAGACACCCUUUCCUUGCAUAGUUAGAUAGAAGAUUCCCAUAAUGUUCCCCUGAAUAGUGCUCAUCAGCCUGCAUUUAACCAGUCACACACCCCAAAACAAAUAAGCUAGAACCACUUUGCAUACUAGCAUAAUAAACUGUUCCUCAUUGAUUUUCUGCUUUUUAGCUGCAUUUGUAUGGUCACACAGAAGGGUGCUGUCCACAGAAAAUAAGUUAGAGCAUCUUCAUAUAGCAUGAAAAACAGUAUCAUAUGAAAGUACUGCUUAGCCUAGUUCUCAUUUUAAUGGCGGCAUACUAAAGGCUUCAACCACAAAAAUAAAGCUAGUGUUUCCAUUUGAAUGGACACAUUAGAACCAUCUUGUCCAGUGUACCUGUAGUAAACAGCACCACAUGGAAGGAAUUAAUCUGCUGGAAAACAUUUUAUCUGAAUAAUGUGAAGCCCAGGGCCCAUUUUUUUGAAGGCAAACCCAGGGUGAAAAUUUUUUUUCUUGGUGUCUUUAUUCCUCUUUUUCAAAAGCCUUUGUCAGAUAGUUUUCAUAUUCUAUUCAGAGCAUCCAAUCAUCAAAUUUUACAAGAUCUGAAACCAAAUUUUGCACUUACCCAGGAUUAUAUUAACCCUGUUUUUAACAUCCUGGCUCAGGAGUGCUGUGAAAGAUUUAUUUGAUUGAGUUUGUACAAUCAAAUUUUAUAGGAAACAUUAGUCAGUUGUAGUUGCAUAUUUACAAAAAUUGGCAAAACCAAAUAAUCUCUAUGUAAUACACAUUACAAUUUCACUCAGCAGAUCAUCAAGGUGAAGAUAGCAACUCUUCUCUUUGUUACCAUAUAUGUAUUAUAUUGUUCUUUGUGUAAAAUUUUUUCAGGUAUCCGUCUCCUUUUGUUGGUUAUGGAUUAUUACUGUGAGGUCUUUUCUGACACUGAACUGUAGAAUAUCGAUAGCAACUGAUUUUCAAUAUUUUCUCCUGCCAUCUGGCUUUUUUUUUAUCCCUUUCACUGGCUGUCUUCUAUACAUUUCUUCUAAAUUAAGCUCUUAGAAUUUGGAGUGAAAUUUUACAACAUACAUUAAUUUAUAUUUUCAUUUCCCCUUGUUAUUUUGAUGCUUGAACAUGUAUUAAUACUCUAAAUAAUUUUUGGUCUCUCCCAACAGUGCAAGGGUUAAUUUGACAAACAUGAAAAAUCUGAGAUGGGGGAAUCAAGAGUCAUUGGAAAAAAUUUACAUUUGUUUUUGAAAAUUAAUUAUCAAUAAUCCAGGGUGAACUUUUUCUUUGUCUAUUUCCAUCAAAUUUUGAUUCACAUACAGUAUCUCUCUACAAUUCUAAUACAUUAUUCAGCAAGUAGUAGACGAAAAUAUUUCAACUUCUCUACAAUAAAAUGUAAAAUUGCUAGAGGUUGUAAUCACCAAACAUGUUGUGAGAGUAAAAGAGGGCUAUUGUUUUACUUCUUGUGGGAAGUGUUCUUUUACUUGGGAAAUUUUGUUAUGAACAUGUGCAUUCAUUUUGUCAUUUGAUGUUUCCCUUACAUUAUGUAGGUGGAUAUGUCUGUGGUGGUUUUAAACUAUCAUAUGUGGCCAUCUUCCCUGAGGGUAUUUGUAUUAUCACAAUUGAGGGAAUAUUUUAGGAUUUAUGAAAAAGCCUUUAUUUGGAAUUGUUAUUAGUUUGUGAGAGCUGUAGAUUUUACUGCCUACAAUUUGACUUUUUAUGUAAGUUUUGGAAUUACUUGAGACCAUUUUUGUUCAAAAUAUAGGGGUUGACUUUUCACAUCAGAUUCAAGCACAGAUUUAAAAUUUUUGUUACAUGCAUUUGCACAGUUUCUUUGUCAUUUUCUUUGUAAAAGUAAUUGAAAAUAUGUCAAGAAAGUGAUUAAUGGGUUUAUGCAGAUAACAGUUAAAAGAGCUAUUUUCAUCAUUUAUGUUUAUUUUACUUUUGGCUAUUUAUGUGCCCACAGCUGCAGAUUUAAUAAUUUUCAUAUUGAAAAUUGAAAAAGUCUAGAUUUUAAGGUGACGUGAACAAUAACAAUUGACAUGUAUUGAUUGUAAGCUUUUUAAAAUAAUGUCUGUUUCUAGAUGUACAUUAUCUCAGUUAAAAAAAAAGAACAUUAAAUUCAUUUAUAAUACAGAUAUUUGAAUGCCAAGGUCUAGAAUAAUGUGGCUGAAUGAUAAACGUUUCAGAUCUUUUGGUGGCCAGAUUGACAUAUCAAAAGCUAAGUUAGGCUCCCUAAGGGGGAAAUAAAAAUACCCCAUGUGGAGAAAAGAAUGUCAUGAUUAUCAAGGCAGUUCCUCAAAGCCCGUAGAGAACUAAAUCAAAAUGCAAAAUUAUCCUCCUUUGAGGAACAUGGUGACCAUUCUUGACAAAAGAAAAGGGAUAACAUUGUUGUGAUUUUUUUUUUACUGUACAUGUAAGUGAUAUUUGGUGAGUAUUAGUACUAACAGACUGCUGCAUAAUUCUAACAACAGUGUGUUAAAUUUCAGAGUGUUUACACCAAUAUCAGCCGUGUGCUAGAAGUGGCUGACCAACUGAGUGAGGCUGUACACUAUGAAUCAGACAGAAUCGAAGCUUUAGCACAGGCUGUUAGUCGCGAGUGGAAAUCAUUUGAUAUGAACAUAAAUCAGCGGAGUUGUUUGCUAGCAUGCUCAGUUGCAUAUCACAAACACAGCGAAGAGGUAAAUACUGACUGUAAAUGUAUGAACAGUAAAUACUUGACUUGGGAGGUUUUGGUUGUGUAUGUUCAUUUAUUUUGCCUUUUUAUUGUAAAUAAUGUUAUCUGUGGUUUUUGUGUCUUGCUAAUUCCUCAUAUUGUACACUUUUGCAGUGUGUUUGUAAUGGAGUUACAAAAACUUGUAAUGUGCUUGCAAAAUCCUGCAGUUACUGAUAUUUUCAUUGUAGCUUUCUUAAUGAUUGAUUAAAAUUUAGUGAUAAAUUGCAGUUGAACUUAAGCUUUUAAGUGUUACUGAGAGGCCUUAUUAAAAAUUCAACAACAACCAACCAUUUAUUUGUCUUCAGAACAACAGAAUACAUGUGAUUCAUUCAGUACUUGUAAUUUCAUUCAGAUGUGUACCUUAAUGUACACUAUCUGAAAUAUGUCUUUCUUCUGCGUCAACCCACUGAAAUCCUAUUUAAUUAAUUUAUUGACAUUCUGUUUAUGGGAGCUUUGCCAUGACAAAGUGUAACAAAAUGAUUUUAUUGUUUUACAUAGUUUCUUCACAAUGUGAAACUCUGGCAAGGAAAGCUUCAAAAUGAUGAAUACCUGGAUAUCAAGGAAGUUGCUGAAGUAGAAAACUUAUUAACAGAUCUAAAUGAUUUACGGCAAGAAAUUGAAGAUUCAUUUGAGACUGUUAGCUCAGACAGCAAGGCACUGCUAGCAGAACUCCAAAAAAAUCCUGUUCAUGUGGAUAAUCAGUUUCUGAAAAAUCCUCAGUUUUCUGAAGAAGCUGGAUCCCAUGUGAUGGACAUUUACCUGGAAGUUCACGAGCAGCACAGACAAUUAGGAAUGUUAUGGGAAAAGCGCAAGGCAAGACUUAAAGAAUAUUUACACCUGUGUAUGUUUGAUCAGGACAGCUCCCAGGUAAAAAAACUUCUUAGUGUACAUGCAAUGUGAUUUUAGUUGGUUGUGCAGGGUCAUAGUGUAUGUGAUAAUAUGUAUUCUUGCCUAGCAAGCCAGUGAGCAUGGGUGAGGGAGAGCAAAUUGAAGGCUUGUGAGCAAAGGGAGGCGACAAGGGACCUGGAUCUUUUCACUCAUCUCUUACAACCUUGCAGCACAAGCUGCAGCAUUUAGUUUUUGGUCUUUGUUUGGUUUUGACAUGUAAUAGACUCUGGAGGAGAGAGUAGGUUGUGUGGCUAGACCAAACAAUGACUGCACAUGAGCCUGUGUAGGGAUGAAUACUGUUCUUGUGACAAUGGCAAUAACUCCAGUACAUAUGCAGACAUAUUUCAGUAAUGGAUGACACCUGAAAAGCAACUGCAUCUGAAUUUGAAAUUUAAAAUUUGGAAGCAGUCAACUUAGGCUCUCAAACAUUGUUCAUAAAACAAACAAACAAACAAACAGGAAAAAAAAAUCUUCUCUUUCAGAACUCUUUAAUUUUUAUGACUUUCUGACAAACAGCAGUCAUCUUCAAAAACCCAUUGAAAAGUUGUGACUGUUAUUUUUUCUUUUAUAUUUUUUUUAAACUGCAAAUUUCAUCUAUUAAUCAUAAUUUAACUUUUUUCCAAUGACUUGUGCAUGGAAGUCAGAUGAAGGCUAUUGUCAAGUUUUAUAUUUAGCUCAUUAUUCUUUCCUGGGUUUCUUUUUGUUUCCUUUUUUGAAACUGAUCAAGACAAAUAUUUUGUUAAUUGAAGUUGUCCUGAUUGAAAGCCAUAUUUAUUAACUUGAUGUCCUUUGAAUUUGAUUUAACUCCAACCUUUGCCAAAGUACCUGUAUUACUAAAAAUUAAAAAUGUGCCAAUCACCUUUUUAACUAAUAGCUCACAAAGUUAAUUGAUGAUUUGGUUUUAUCAACUAAGUUGAUAAUGUAGGUUGGCCACCGUAAAGAGUUUAAGGCUGACGUUUCGAGCGUUAGCCCUUCGUCAGAGAGAAUGGGUUUCUUUAUAAUAGUUGAUGGUUAGUUAGGUAUUAUUUUUAUCAAUUUUUUUGUAUCCCUUUAAGACAUUUGAAAUUUUUUUUACAAUUUUUUGAAAGGUUUUAUGAAUAAUUCCCUCUUGAUAAGUUGUUUUUUUUGUCACUUCUAAGGAUAUUUCUGUGUAUGUUGCGUUUUUAGUUGAUAACAGUGUGUCGUCGUCUUCAAUGAUCAGAUUAUUGAUUUCUGAAAAACGUUUCCCAGGGGUGGGUAGGUGGGCCUUUAUUUCUUCGUUACCGAUCCCCGGAUGAGACAAGUUUGUUAACCUGUUGUGGAGAGACAAAACUUGUGUUUCACCUGUUGAAUGGUUAACUCUGUGAAUCAUUGUGAAUCAUAUUCACCCCAACUAAUUGUUUGAUUUUUUUCUUUCUUUCAUCGUUUUCUCCUUAAUUCUUGUUCAAUCUUAAGCAACUAAAAAUACAUGGACCUACCCUCACAGGUUUUCGCUAAACUAUCUUCGUUUAGUUACAAUGUUUGUUGGAAAUUUUUCUAAGAUUGUAAAUUAUGCAAAAGCUUGUCUUCAUCACGAUUUAUCGAUUUAUUUUUAUUAUUUAAAAGGUGUGAAUGGCGUGUGACAUUUCCUAAGGGAAAAAAUUUCAAUUCUAUGCUUUUAAGAUUAAUUGUAGUUAAAAUCAUUGCUCGUCGAGAAUCAUUUUUUGUGUGUGUCCUUUUGCAUACGGAGUUUUAAUCUGGAGAGUUUUCCAUGCAAACUGCUGUAUUAAUAGACAUUUGUUUCACACCCAAAGGCAGUAACAUCCAAUCACAUUCAAGCUUGCUUAUUUCAUUUACAACGAAGCAUUAGAAGUGGCAAAGAAUGAUUGCUUUCCUUGUGUUUCACCUGUAUGUCGGGGAAGAUUUCCCCUCAUCGUCGUUUUAAAUGUGUGAGGUUUUACUGGAUUUGGUCCUGUGUAAAGAUCAAAGAAAUGAUACCGCUUUUAGAUACUGGAUAGGCAGAAUGGUAAGCUAACUUGUUUAGUGCAAUUGGUUGUGAAAUAUAUCGCUACUAGCCUAGCCGAUAUAUUCAAAUACCUUGGGUAAUAAAUUUGUAUUCAUGGUCUAUUGUGUAAAAUCAAGUUUCGAGACGUGAACAGUUUUAUUGGAACAUCCUAAGAAAUAUUUUUUUUUACGUGAUGGGCGAUAGUGUUUGACAAGGAAACUAAGCCUACGAAAUUGAAAUGAGUAUUUGUCUUGAAUUUUUCAUGUCACGAAUAUUCUGUUUCAUAUUCAUUACUUUAGUAUUUGUUUUGUAUUUGAAAAAAUAUUAAGAUUAUCUGUACUUCUUCCGAAAUCAGAAUUUACUCCAAAUUUAUUUUAUUUGUUUUGAUCGCUGUUGUAUGUAGUCGCUAUUCCUUUUUUCCCGUUUCUUGUUAUCAUAUACACGUGUCUUGUGGGAUAAUGUCGCUUGUGUUUCAAAUCGAAGAUAAAAACACUAGCAUCAAAUGCAAUUAUUUCUUUAGCGUUUUGCCUCUUCCAACCUAGUCCUGUAAACUCGUUUUGUCGUUCUCUACUAUUUAUAUUGAAGAAACUAAAAAUACGUUUUGAGCUGAAUAGGCUUUCAUUGCUUCAACUAAAUAUUUGGUUCUGUCCAGUUAAUAUACUGCGUUCUGUUUAUUAGUAAUUUGUACCUCAGGUCAUUCACUAGCUUUAGAUAUUCUUUGGUAAUUUUUUUUCCUUGGAAAAUUGCAUCGAACGAAUUGUAAGCUUUCAAAUAAAUGUAUUUUAUUUUUGCCUUAGCAAUAUCUCGCCGUCGACGUUUCUCGUGUUUCGCCUAAUUUUAUUUCACUUUCGAUGUAUAUGAUAGGUCUUUGUUUUGCAUUCAGUCUUCCUCUUGUUCAAGGCAUGUUUUUCUUGUUUAAAAUUCGUGAAUUUACCAUAGGAAGCGGACGUAAAUUUAAAACCAAAUGCAAGAGAGUAAGAGAAAGAUCCUCUUUAUUCAACAGGUGUUGAGUAAAGAAUAGGGAACACUUCCAAGAUGGUUUACAUUUAAAUGCUCAAAUUAUGCUAACUUAUGCAAAUUUGGAUCAGAUAUGCAAACUGGUCUUUGUGGUCGACAGCAAGCACACUAAGAGUGGAGUCAUUGUGUGUAGGAAAAGCAAUGCAUUGUUUUAUUAAGCUUUUUUAUUUCGUUCUUCGUGUGUCUUCUUAAAGAGAUUGGUUCGUUUCAGGAAGAUGGUGUAAAUUAAAUUUUUUUGAUUGCUUUCCCCAAUUCAGACAAAUUGAAAGGGAACCUACUUUAAGUUCAAAAUGAUUUGUAAUUGAAAGGGGAAAAAACCCAUAGGGAAUUAUUUUUAUGCGGAAUUAGAUUUGACAGGGGCUUAGAGCAGGUGUUCUGGCAAAAUAUUUUUAAAUUUUAAUGCGCUUUAUUUCUAACUGUAUUUACAAAUGCUGAAAUCUCCUCCAAUCUCUUAGCAUGCCCGGAAUAAAAGUGAAAAUUUGUUACAGCAAAAUUCUGAAGUGUUAACCUUCAAGAUUAGGAAGUUUUGCUUUAAGCAUUUUCUUGUGCUACUAUCGGCAAAAAACCUUUCAGUCCUGCAUCGGGAUGUUUAUGAUGAGGUUUGGUAUUUUCUUAAAGGAGAAUUACUGCAACAGAAACAGAUUGAAAGGAAUGAAGAUGAAAAAUUUCUCAGUGUAGUUUAUAGUUUCUAUCAUGUACUUUAAAAUGGUAGGUACCUCUUUCAUAAUUAUGUUUGCUAAACGUUUUUCCGGUCAUUUUGGUGACAGUGUUUUUUAACGACUGAUUGAAGUUACUAGGACAUUUGUUGUCAAAAUACGCCAAAAAAAAAAAAGUAAUGAAUCAUUUUAUUGCUUAAGGUCAUGGAGGUAAAAAUAUAAUUUUGUACCUUUACUAAUGUAGAUUGAAAUACAUAAUAUUUUAAUUUAAGUCUUGAGGCGUUUGUGUGCAUUCCAAGAGGAAAUAGUUACUUCUUUAGCAAAACUCUAUGCACUAUGGACUACUUAGCUUUUUUCAGUUAAAAAUUGAAUAAUGUACUGUUUCAACUGCUCUACAUUUGCUUCCUGUUAGAGUAGCAGCUUUAUCGUUUUCCCUCAGGGUACAUCCAUUUACAAAAAUCUAACCAGUAGUAAAGUAGUGUUUAGUAAAGUUACUUUUAAAAAGUUUGAUAUUUAUUAGGCUUUUUAUCGAAAGGUACAUCAUGGACACAUCAAUCACUCGAUCUUUGUCAUGUUCUUUCCAAUGAGAAACAGAAAUCUAAACCAAUUACUUAUCCUCUUUUUUAUGUUUUGUAUCGUGGACGGUUGCGAAGGCUGUCAUAAACCUCGUGUAAUGGGUUGAUAUUUUGAGCUCGGUAUAUCAAUUACAGUGUUAAUACUUUUUUUGUUGCAGAAUUUGCAAGUAAAUGUAAACAUUGAAACACGUUUUUCCCUAUUAUUGAGUUGAUUGCUUUGUGUUGAUGCCAAAUUUUUAAUUCAGAUUUGUCUGUUAUUUAUUUCUUUAUUAUAAUAUUUUGUUGAGUUACGGUCUGUGAAACAUCGUAUUUUAUGUUGAUUAUUACCAAACAUUACUUCGCUUUGCAAAUAGAUAAGAAAAAUGGUAAUUUUUUUUGUUUUCACUUGUUUCAGCGUAAUGUAAACUGCACUCUCUUGUUUACAUAUGGAUGUUUCCCUUUCUUGCUACGUAGCUGGGCCAUAUGUUUUUAUAACAGACUUCAAUAAACUUAACAACAGCCUUUGUCGAGGAGGCCAAAGUAUACCAAAUCGCUGCUUAAAAGCAACGUGUUUAUUUAUAUUUUCUAAUCUCAGAUAAGAUAGGUAUUUCAGGUUUGUUAGGAAAAGGGACCAUUUUGUCGUUGUUGGUUUUUACGGUCACGGUUCGAAAUUCUCAGUAUUUUGCAACGAAAGGCGAGCUUGGAAAACGAAAUUUGAACGAUAUUGUGCGAAUGUGGUCGUAAGCAAGGCAGUAGCCAUUGUUUCUGUUUCGAACAACAUUUACUCAUUUAUGUAAUAUUGUUAUUGAUACUUAUAUGUAUGUGUAUCCGGUGGGAAAAAAAUCGAUGCCUGGAUAAGGUUUUCAUUAGUACGGAAAGUUAGUCGUCAUUUUAAAACCUCUGCAAAGACAGAGUAGAAGUAGCUAAGGCGUUUAUUGUUUUUUAUUUAACAUAUUUUUAAACUUUGAGCACGUUGAUCGUAGGUAUAUCGCAUUUAAUCUUUGUGUAAUUUUCGUUUUGUUUAAAAUCUUACUUUCUAACGUUGAUCUCUCCGUGAGGGAAUUUCCUUUUCAUUUCAUUAAAUUGAUUUUAAAUCUCGUGACAACUCUUUUGAAGUAAACGUGAAAAGGCUUCCGUGGAAAAGCACGUUCGAUAUUGCAUCCACAGUGAAAUAAUUAUCGUAUCAGCGUGAUAUGUUUAUACCUGUGGUCAAAUGCCAGUGUUGUCUCGAUUCUCAUUGUUUUAUAGUCGUGCAGGGGUAAGGACAAUUUGUCAUCUCUUUUUUUUUUUUCUUUCUUUUUUUUUUUUUUUUUUUCCCAAACCACUGACAAAUAACAAUAUUGCUGAAGUCAAAUACCGGUAAUAGUAAUAUCAUCUAGUUAUAUUUGAUUUUAAUAUUGUGUACUAAUUUUAAACCAAUAUUUACAUUUGGGUCACGCAACUUCUGUAAGGCACCACCUCAUUACUUGACUAAGAACCUUCUACAGGUGUAGUUUGGAGAAUGAACAUAAUUUUCCAGUGUAUUUCCUCUGACGACUGUCAUUGGUGGUGAAAUUGGCAUUGUUAUGAAGGUUCAAAUAAUUUGUUUCACAACUAAAAGCGAAAUAAUCUUUCAAACGAGAAAGACUUAAACGUAUUAGUUUGUUCGGUUGGAGGAAAAAAAACACGCGCACACAGAAAGAUAGUAAUCCGAAAACAAAUAGAGAUGGCUAGGAAUCGAGAAUAGAGACACGGACUGUAAACGCCAAUUCUUUAAAAGCAAAAUAAGUUCUCUCUACAAUAUCCAUAUAUUAUCCAGCAACGAGGUGAAAAGAAUACUCAAAUUCUCUAAAAGCGCCUCCGAGAAUUGAUUCAUUGGACCCGAUCUUAACAGGCUAAUAUGUAUUACGUAUUUUAGAGUGGUUUUCGAUUGAGUGUCGUAGAGCCAAAACCAAAGGAAUCACAAAAGCCAAUCAGAACUGAGGAAAUAUCACAAGGAGCCAAUGAGAGCUGAGAGUAAAGACAGGCUACCUGAAGCGCGGGAAAACGCGGGUGACCAAGUCGCGAUUGGUUUUAGUUUGGAAUCUGAUUGGUUGAUAGAGUGAGGUUGAGAAAUCAGAGCAAUCCUGGAGUAUUUUCGACACUGGAUGGAAAAUUGCUCUCUGCCUGUGAAGAACUUGUAUAGAUUUGUAAUCCUACGUUUUUUGCUCUCGUUUUACCAGGUUAUAAAAUGGAUUGAGGAGCACGGAGAGACAUUUCUGUCCAAACACACAGGUGUUGGCAAGUCGCUUGUUAAAGCAGAGGCACUGUUGAAGAGACACGAUGAGUUUGAAAGCAUAGCACAGGUUAGAAACGUGGGUUUUUGUAAAGAAAUGUUUAUGUGAACCUCUCUCUAUAUCUCAAUGAACAACAACCCUUGAAAGUAUUGCUCAGUAGCUUUCAUUUGGACUGUCAUAGCGUGCGAGCAAGCCCUCAUCCUUAACGCUUCAGCGCGAUGUUUCUACGCCUGCCGGAAAGUAAUGAGGCCUUUAGCGACGCGAGCCAGCGAGAGGUUUGCCAGUGGUCUAGCAUUGAUUAUUAGUGCCAGAUCCCGAUAAACCUCUCCCGACUCGUCUCAAUCUUCCCGCGGGUGGAGAAAGGCGCGUCCUGUAGCGCUAUUAAUGAGGGCAUGCUUAAGUACUGUUUUGAACGGUCACAUACCAGAAUUUCACUCACGGACUUAAAAUAAAGAACGAAUUUAUAGAGCAAAAUAAACAGUACGAAAUUAAAUUAUAAUACAGUAGCUUCCAUUUGAAUGGUAACGCGCUAGGGAUCUUUCAUAGACUUAAAAUUCAUAUUCGUUUGCACAACAUAGUGAGGAAGUAGGAAAGAAAUUUGAUUUUAAAUUUUGUAAUCGCAUGAGUUUAUGAGACAUCCAUGAAAAUCAAACGCAUUUUUCAGCGAAAGAUAAGGCAUCAUUUCCUUCUCAAUUUUAUGAUCAAUUGAAUUGAUUGCAUUUUGACUUCAUUUCCUACUUCUUCUGGAAUAAUACAAAGUACUUAGCGCGAUUUCCUGAUUAGAUCAGGAAAUUUUUUUUGUGACGUCUUGUUGGGUACCCCUUAGAUCGAAUUUCUUAAAAUGAUGCCGAAACCUUAUGUUCCAUCUCCUUCUUAUUUGUCGAAAUUCUGUUUGAAAUAGCUUUAAACUGUUCAUUGAUUCUGCUCCCUUGUGGUAUUUCUUUUACAACAAUUUUUCUUUUUUAACGAACAGUUAAGCAUCUUCUCUCUCUUUUAUCAAUUCCUUUAAACGACUUUAUACCAGUUUGGAACCGUUACAAUUUAUUCUCUACCCCAGCGUCUCAUGUCUGCCGUUAUUAAUUUAAGGGGGCGCUGACUUGUAUAGUCAUUGUCCGCUUCAAGAGUAUCAGUUGUCUUAGUGACUUUUGCGAUCCGGAAUACACAACAUCCUUUGUCUGAAGUAAUUACAUAAUGCUAUUAAGGAAAUUAAUCAAAUUUAACAGGUUUGAAUUUUCAGAUUGGGGUUUUUUGCUCCUUCCUGAAGUGUAGUUUUUCCCUUAACAGAAUAAAUAAUUUCCAUUGAAGGGUUUCUUAAGUCUUAAUUUUUAAAUUUGUUGUAGUUUUUCCUACGAAAGUGUCUCUUGACUCGUUAAAGUCUCACAUAAAAGUUGCAUGUAACAAUUAGCGUGUCAUAUCUCUCACAUCUGUAGCCCCGGCGAAUGAACCCUGUUGUUUUAUCCGUUAGUUGAAAGCUACUGAGCAGUAUCUUGAUCAAAUUCUGUUCGUCAGCUUUCAACUUUGGAAGAGUUUUCUAAGGUGUGAAGAUUAAAAUUUUUGUGUGACAGCUGAGUUGAAAUAAAUUCUUUAUUAUUUCAACCACUUUUUGUUAGAAAGGGAAAUUAAUUUUUGCCGUGUGCAAAUUUGUUGAUAUGUUCUCUCGUUACUAAAAGGGUAAAUAAGGUUAAGUUAAAUUGGUUGUUAAUCCGUAAAAAUUCAUUCUUUCCUUGCGUGUUUUUGCUCACCACAAAGUCUAAAAGUGUUGAACUUUGCUCCACGCUAAGUGCUCUUUGAUAACUUUGAUUUUGUUUUUUUAUUUGUGCCGAUUAGAGCGUGUUAAACUGACGGAGAAAAUUUAUCCGUUUUGUGUCUUAGUCGCAUUUCUUACAGCUAAAUGUCGUCUUUCUGUAAAACAUGAAAGACGAGUUUUAAUUUUGUUAUCUUGUUGUCCUAUGAAAAUAAUGUUACGCUAUAAAAAUAACCUUUCCACUUGAAUAUGUUUGUACUUUUGCUAAUCUAUAGAUUACAUUACUGUUGACGUUGUUUUACCAUAUUCUUCAAUAGUUAAAGCGUAAAAAGCUUUAAUUUUGUCCAUAAAACGACAGACUUGUUUCACUGCUGUGAACUCAGCGAUAAGGGUAAUUAAGAUGAUUGUCAAUUAUUAUAUUAAUGCUCGGUGCUAGCGGACUCACGAAAGGUUAGAUGAGGCCGCGAGUUUAUUUCGGGAAGUAUUUUCAAGGAAAUCGUGUGAAAAAUUGUUUGUUAUGCAGAUGGGUGGGAAUAGUCGCCUGUAAUCUGAAGUAUUGUUAUCCGAUUUAGAUAGAUCCAACACGUCUGCCUCGCGGCUUAUUUUAGAAAUAAGUACUUUUGCAUCACGCUUCACCAUGUUUGCGGUUUUAUAUUUCAGAAUACCUACACAAAUGCAGCUAAACUACUCGAAGCCGCGCGCCAUUUGGCGAGUACAGGGGAGUGCAAUCCGGACGAAAUACAGAAGCGCGUUGACUACUUCGAACAGCGCGUCCAAGAGUUUAUCAGUCGGGUGAACAGACGGAAAACUUUGCUGAAAUUAGCUGUCAAUUUCUAUUCCCGGACACAAAAGGUAAUGCUUUCGCAUAUUGAAUUCAAUCAAAGUUAAUUAUCAAUCGAUCGUUCCAGGAGGUCAUAUAUUGUGUCAUAUGGUGUAGACAACAACGCGGUCGAAUUUCACUCAGGAUGUGAGAAACGACAUGGCUUCGUUCUUUCAACGAAACGUUUUGCGCGCACUAUGAGUCCUUGAGUCCGUCUGUGUGACAACACUUAGUUGCUUUAUUUGUUAACAUGUUUCCUACCGCCCUGAUCAGACCUCUGAAAGUAUGCAACGCGUGCAUACAUCAGGCAAGUUCAUCUUCCUUUGUAGACAUGUUUUCAGUUGUACGUGCUCUAAAUGUCAGAUCUAACAUGUAAAAGGCGAUCUUGUGAAAAUCGUCUUCAUUCAGUAGCGCGAAUUCCAUAUUCGUCGUGGUUUGAGAACAAUUCCUUUUUGUAAAGAUCGUUCAGUUUUUUGAUUGAGUACGUGUUGCUUCAGCUCAGUACAGGAAAGGAACGAGUCCAAAUCAUUUCUCCGCUUCUGUGACAUAAUUUGUCUUGUUACACUGUUUUAUUGGUCUAUUAUUUUACGUCCAUCUUCGUCCUGUCAUUCACAAAGGUUCUGGAAUUUUUAAAUUGACGUGGCUGAUCAUAUGCAAUGAUAUACAGAUUUGUGUCAGCCGCUGCGUUGUGACGAUGUAUGAGAAGGCCUGGUUAGGAAGUGUGGGUGCGUAGCUAUCGAGCGCAGCGCGCAAGCCCUCUCCUCUAAGAAAAAAAUCUGUCCAGUUAUUGCGGUGUUACUCUCGACUCACACACGCGCACUGCCCGUGAUCAAUGUUUAACAUGAGUGUGGCUGAGUUUGAUACGGACGAUGACUCCACAGUGGUUUUUGUAAUAACUUUAUCAUCACUUUUUUUUCAGCUCUCUGAACUGGUGGAGCAGCUAAAAGCGCAGCUAGAGCUCGAAGAGGUUUCCGACAAUCCGGACAACAUUGCUACGGUGUUAACGAACUUAAAACACCAGGGGGAAGCAACUUUGGAUUCGAUUCACACAGCCAUUGAUGAAGGAGAAACGAUCAUCGAGGAACUCAAGCUUGCCAGCUCUGAUGGUGUGGACUCGAGUUCGUUACAGCAUGUGGAGAAAGUUAUCAAAGAACUUGACAGAGUACGGAGAGCCAUUGAACAUUCAUGGACGCGAAGGAGACAACAAUUAGAGUGUUGGUUACAACUGCGGGAAUUCGAAAGAUCUGCAAAACUGGUACGGUAUCUCCUUAAGCGCCCUGUAGUGUUAAAUGCACGAAAUUAAACUCCACUCAUGUAUUCUUUUAGCGAAAGUGGGCGACAUUCCUUUACACUCUGUUUCGCUAUCACAAUGCAAAAAGCUAAAAUCACUUAGCCUGGGUGUAAGUAGCUCUUGACAAGUACUGUGUUAGAACACGUAAAAGUUUGGUCUGUGUUCUUCCUGUCUUUGCAUUGAGCCGGAUUUGCGAACUUGUCUCACAGCGGGAACGUAGCAAUAGAUUUAAAUCUUCGCGAAUAUACAGGUUUAAAUAGGAUUUUUCGAAGUGGAAUUCUCGCGUAGAAUCCGUCAUAAGGUGAUUAGAACGAUGUUAGGGGUCACAUUUAUGAAAUUGCGUGCUCGGAUUUUUCUGUUGUUUGCAUGCUAUUGUUCUACGCCUCAUGUUUUCAUUUACGAAGCGCUUUCUCAGUUUAUUAACUCGUAUACAUAAAACAGUUUUCACCCGAGUGGUUGAAGACUUCCUUACAGUCAUUUACAGACUUAUCUGUUCAACCUAAGCGGAGCGCGAGUCUAUAUUUAGCGGCUCUUGUUUGGAAUUUGCACUACAGAACUUUUCGUACUCAAAUAUCCAUUAUGCAUUAGAAUUCUUAUCUUUGUUCCAAGCAGCAAUGUAAAUAAACAUUAAGUCGGCAAUCGAUACGAGGAUUUUGGGAUGUACAUACACAGUGAAAUUUGAUACACAAUACAUCUUGUUGUGUGUUCCGUUUUGGAAUAUUUCAGCCCUCGGCUAUCGCAAAAUAUUACUCGCACUUAAACGAAGAUACUUUUGAAUUUUUUCUCGCGGUUCUCCCGAGAUCUUUGGGCGAAUAAGUUUGCACGGCCGUCGAACCAUGAAAAUAUACGGUUUUUUUUUUCGACCCGGCAAGUGAUCAUUUUACAGGUUCAUUCACAUUUCCUUGACCUAGAAUUGUUUUUCCUUGAAAGGAGCCUUUUAUGACAGACUUGCUUACUGUUAAGCUAUCAAACUAAAAUCUUACAUUUUUAACUUCCAUGACUCAUUGAAAUAAGAUUGUUACAGAUGAGUGCGUUCCGUUUUCAGCUAAGUGUCCUCUGUGGAGUUGAGAAUCUCGUUUUUCGAAGCUAUUAGCAGAAGAGGGUUAAAUUUUGACCCCCAUUUAACAUGAAGAAGCUGUUUGAAGAAGCUGUUUAAACGCUAAUGGAACUUUUCUAAUAGAAAUAAAAUUUGUGGGCGGAUAAUACGCCGAUAUAUAUUGGCUGCGAGUUUUUUCACGAAGGCAGUUUAGUUCUUAUUUGGAAAGUUUAUGAAAACAAGUAUUGUCUUAAGUAAUCAUAUCAAUUUCAAAAGAUUUACACGUCAAUGGUGUCCAUUUCAAAGGUCACAAUCCCUUUCGGUAAGAACCAAUUGUGAGUGUGUUGUAGUGAUUUUAAAGGAAUUUUUAAUCGCUGAUUCGCUUGAAUGUUUCUAUUGACAAACUAAAGCUGUCAAGUUAAGUUAGCCUUACUGUCAAGUUAAAUUAGUCUUACUGCACGGCACGAAGGAUUCGGCUUCAGGUCAAUGAUUUCACCCCAAGACGUCGGAAGGUAUUUUCCUUACGUCAAAAAUAUCAUUUGGAGAACUUUUGAGAGUCUUUUAGAAUUUUUACCUCUUAAAAACAUUGAUCUGGAGGUUAUAUUUGGAUGUACGCGUUCUGUGUUUUUAUGGACCUAGUCUCAUGUGUCAAAAACUUUGUACAGCUUGGUAAACAGUACCACGUGUACAAGAGUGUAACAUAUCGUCAGCCUAUAGUUGAUGUGUCAAUUUGGAGUCUCUUCUCUCAGUAUUUUCCAAAAAUGAAGCAAUAGAAUAUUUAAAAAAGCUUUCAUGAUGAAGUGCAGUUUACUCGUUUUCCAAGGUAAUAUAGCACUCGAACUAAUUUGGGCCAAAAGCAAAACAAACAGUUUACCUCCAUCGAUCGUUAGUUAUUUAUUUAGAAAUUCUAUAUGAUGUUGAAAACUUGAAGUACUUCUUUAGUUGGUCAAUCUUACUCAACACGAAGACAUUUUGGUGUCUGGCCUGGCAAAAGAUGUCGUGUGCUGCGUGCUAACCUAGGUAAAGAUUUCUGUACAACAUGCACGUACCAACAGAGUUUUAACCCUUCCACUCUUAAAUAUGAGCAGAGAUAUUUCUUACAACACCUUUUUAAGCAGAAAGGAGUUGAAACACUCCAGAAGGAAAAUUCGGCCAUAUGAUGUAGAAGUGAACACCCAAUUCUCAUAUUCGAAAUUGUGAGCAGCGUUCAGCAGACCUUGAGAAAAAUUGAAUUUUGAUCUUUGAAGCGAAACGAUCAAAUAAUUUAUCGUAUCAGCUGAAUUGUCAUAACGGUAUCUGAAAAGUGAAGAGUAGAUCCGCUAAUACAAUUAUUUGAUCCGCGGAGAGAUAAUUGUUGAUCUUGUGUGGCAUGAUUGCUACCAUAUGAAGAUUGUCUCGGACCUCAUCUGUCAACGGACUCUAAAGUUAGAACUGCUUGCUUAUUUACUAAACUUUCUUCCACCCGCUAAAGCUUACUUGCAAGCGCUGCUCAGUCACUUUCAUUUGAAUAGUUAGGUACUAGGGUUUCAAUUGCAGACGUCAAAGUCAGAACCACUUUAUACAGCUUGACAAACAAAACCACUUGCAAGUGCUGCUCACCGCGUAGUAGCUGCUUUCAUUUGAAUGAACAAAACCUAAGGAACAAGAGCGCCACGAACAGCAUGAUAAACAGCGCUACAUGAAAAUAAAAACUGCUCAGAAGCUUUCAUUUGAAUGUUCACACAGUGGGGUCUCAUCCACAGACUUAAAACUUAAACUUAAAACUUAAAACUUAGAACCAUUUUUACAGCCUAAUAAACUGAUCCUCAUUAAAUUAAUGCUCAAUAACUUUGAUUUUAAUGUUUCCUCUCAAGACGUACGUGUGGAAGGUGUAACCUCCGUGUAGAACAUAAAAAAAAUGGCAUAAGGAAGUAUUGCUUAGAGGCCUCAUCCACGACGUGAUAAUACCACUUGUACCACAGGUGUCCCAAGCUCACGUCUUCUCAAUAGCGGACGUGUAUGUACCCUAGUUAUUCAUGAAAGGGUCACCCGUUGUGUGAUGUGUGUCCGAAACUCAAUCUUUCGCUUUUUUCUUGAGACGUGAGCUUUCGACGCCUGUGCUUAAACGUGCAUACUGAAGCUUUGAUUAAUUGUUCGUAUUUUGGAACGUUUUCAUGAGAAAAUCCUGUACGAGGUCCAUGUUAUACUCAACAAAUACCUCAAGAAUGUACUGAAAACUUUUGUUUGCGUGCAAGAACAUACAAAAAUAGUCGUUGGGGACGAGAAAUCUUUUUUAAUCUGUGCUAUUGGGGAUGAAAUUAUUCAUUCGACCGCCAAGAAUGAGCUCAUGGAAUUCCUUGGUGUUAAAUGGCCGAUUAACGAGCUCUUAAGACCAAGAUCAGAAAAGCCAUGGCUAGACGAAACAGGUGCCUUAACAUGUCAAUAACUUUUGGCUUUGUAUUGUCGUUGUAAGAAGAUUCAAAUGUUGUAAGGCUCUUUGUGUCACUUUCGUAUGAAAAUAACCUUUCAAUAUUCAGUCGUGACUUUCGAAACUGAAUUCUUUGGCAGCUUUUCGAACAGUUCGCAAGCUAGAGUUUCUUUGCGUGUAGAUUUUAAACUCAAGACCGAUUUUAUUAUUUGCGAGCCGAAAACGUCGUUCCCAGGAGGAGAAUGUUCACGAAGGAGCGACUUUAGCCAAAACUGUGAAGUAUGUAAUUUGAAAUCCGAUGUAAUCUUUUCUACCCGUCGGUAUCUCCAUUCCCUCUUAAUUUAUUCUUUCGAAUGUGUUAUUUUUCUACUUUUUGAUUCGCCUUCUCACUAAACUCAGUAAUUAUGUAUAGUUUCCUCCACUAUGAAAGUAAUUUUGCACGUCUCAACAAACAACUCAGAGCAUCGUGGCAAAUCACUUUUGUAGCAGUCGAGCUCCUCAUUUUCAAUCGCUGUAAAUCUUGUCCAUCCUUGCCCAUCUUAGUUACUUCUUGGUUUGUGAUCGCCUCUGUAUUGUUUACUCUCUCUCUAAACCAACAUUUUUUGAGUUUCAUUCACGAUUUAGAUAUUUUUGCGCCUCUCAACAGAAGGUUCUGAGCAACGCGCCGUGGUGCAUUUGUCGGCGAAGAGAGACUUCCUCUUCUUCAUUACAUUUGUAACUUCCGUAGCAAAUUUUGUAUUCAGCGCUUAAACUAUACUGAAAUUAUCCCUAAAGUCGACGAUGAAAUUUCAAAACAACGUUUACACAGUCUCUUUCCCAUCUUUGACCCCGAGCUGUUACAGAAGAUCUCUCGAAUAAAGCGGCCAACAUCGACGUGAUGGAAUUUUGAUGGUCUUAAUCAUAUGAUAAUCAUGUAAUCACUUCUUGUAUCGAGCCUCAAUAAAUAUUUACUUGGUCACCGCAGAACAAGCUUCUUUAAACAACUGUUGGUUUCUCAUAGCAACCUCUUAUGUAACAGGUUUUUCUUCCCUUUGCUUUUCAGCUGAAAGAUCGUCUGGAAAUUUGCGAGGAGCAUUUGGAAAAAGGAAGUGUCGCCCUGGAUUUGCCUCGAGCAAAACAGUCGCUCGCCCAUCUUGAGGAGCAAAUGAAAGACAUUGAAAAUGCCGCCAUGAGAACGUUUUGUCGCGGCGAGGAACUUAUAGAUUAUUUAAAACAAUCCGAGAUAGAACUGCGCGUGAAGGAUCCGUUAACGUUAGAGAACAUAGACGCUCAAUUGCACAUUCAUAAUUUACUAGAAGUUUUACAUCGCAAAAGGAGAGAUCUACGGGAUCUGGCGGAGGAGAGAAAGAUAAAACUGGAACAGAAUUUGCUCUUACGCCAAUUAGAGAGUGAUGCAAAACAGGUGAGAAAAAGUAUUCAUCAUUUCACACAUGAAGUGUGCGACUGUGUAUAGGGGCCGUUAGGCGAAACCGAACGCGAGAGCCUGUGCACAGGCUAAACAGACGGCGGUAAGAGGUCUUAUGGGCAGCGGUCAACCGCCGGUAACUAGCUUUUACUAAAACCUCUGCUUCACUGUUUCUCCAUCUUGAAAAAGUACGGCUCAAGAUCAGUUUUCAAAUUCGUAAUCUACAAUCCUUGUGAAUCCUCUGCAUCCAUAACCAUCUUUAUUCCUACUUGUUAUAAUCAUGCCUUAUUAAUGUUUUUCUUCCUAAACGAACGACCAUUUCAAGGCUCUAUUCUGAGUAAAAAAAAUUCCCAAGUUGCUAGAAAUGACCUCCCUGUGGCCAAAAAUAUCGCGAGCAGCUCGUGAAAACAUUAAUAAGGAUAUUCGACCCUCUCAAAGAAUAGCUUAUUGGUGCACUGGACAAUUUAAAUGAAUUAUGAAUAUUCUCAGUGCUUCCCUCUGUUACUCAAUCAAAAAGAAGUCAUUGCAGUUAUAUCUCAAAUGACAUCGUUAAGACAUUCAGUUUUUCUAGUUUAACGUCAUGUCCGCGACUGACUCGGUAUUUUCUCGGUAGGUUGUUGGCUGGGUACGGAAUGGCGAGGCUAUGCUUUACGCCAGUACCGAACUUGGGACAUCACUCGUUGAGGCAGAGGCUCUUUUAAGAGAACACGAGGAAUUUCAGAGAGCCAUUGAGGUAUGAAAUGUUAGGCAAUCUUUUAAGAAGUCUUUCAGUCAAGUUUUAAUAAUCUUUAUUUGUGUUCCUUAGUUAUAUAUUUUCAUUCUUAGCCUUUAUUGUUUUGUUGUCUUUAUCCUUGUCUCUUUAUAAGUUUUAUUCAUCUUGCCAAGGUAAUAUUGUGUAUUGUUGUGUAUUUUGCUUGAAACGCUGUUUUACCUUUUGCACCCUAACAUCAGUAUGCAUAUUCUCCAUACUGUUCUCUAUACAUUUCCUAAGGUGCUGACAAGGAGAAUUUGUUUAACAAUCUAGAGCUUUUUUAGUUGGUGAUCAUUUCCUUUAUUCUCAUGACGUUAAUGUUUGAUACAGGGGUGUCAUUGUAAGGAGAAUUUAGAUGCUAGUCUCUUUAGGGGUCAAAAGGUUUAGGGUAGUUUUGCUGGCAAAUUCUUGUGGUUUUACUCUUCCAGCCAUGUUUUGACGACCAGGAAACAUGGUAAAUUACGUUUAAGGUACUGAUAAAACCGCCUUAGGGUCGUGCAGCAAGUGCGUAUUUUAACUGAUUGUUAUGUUUGCAGAAAACAUGUCAAAGUGCCACUGAAGUUCGGCAACGCGCCGACAAAUUGAUUAAAGAUGGUCACUUUGAUCCUGAGGCCAUCCGGAACUGCGCGGGAAGUAUGAGUAGACGAUGGGAACUGCUCAUGAGCAAGUCGGAGGAAAGAAGGAAAGUCGUCACGGCCUCGUACAGCUUCUUCAAGUCUGCAGAUCAGGUAAGUGUCGCAACUGGUCGAUUCGUUAUUUGAACGAGAGAUGGAACUCUGCCUUUGUGCAUGGGCGGAUAUUUGGAAAUUGUCUUGCGUAGGGAAAUUGGUUAAUUUUUACUCGUCUGUUAGUCAGUCAAUCGCUCAGACACUUACUCAGUCUUUGUUUGUCUGUCUUGUCAGUCAGAUAAAAAUUACUUCGCGUAAAUCUGAUUUACCAUAGUAAAUUAAAGUGCGUUUUUAUUUUUGUGAUUAUUCCUAUUACAGGUGUCCAUUUCAAUGGACCGCCUCAUUCGUGAUUACAAACUAGAAGAGGGAGAUCCAUGUAGUAAACUGAUCGAAACCGAUUCGAUGAAACGCCUGGAAGCUAUGAAAGCCAUCGUCCAAAGCUAUGACGAAGACAAGGAAUCCAUCGCCACAGGCCUGCUGGACGUGAAGCGGAACGCUGACUCAUUUUUGUCUACGAUCGCACCUUUAACUAGUGAGCGUCCCGACAUUACUAUUGAGCGAGUUAAGGAAUCACAAGAACAACUCAAAGCGCAGGAACAACAAGUGUUAGAAGUUUGGAACGUUAGACGGACGUUAGCAGAUUACUGUUUGCAGUUUCUUGAGCUGGAACAGUGCGCUAAAGAGGUGUGUUUGUUAAAAAGAAAAGAUGUUAUUUCACUGCUUCCAGAAGCAUUUGUUCUCUGGAAAAGAUACAGACGUUGGUGGGAAAGCGACUGAAAUAAGUUGUCAGUCCAUCGAGCUCAGUCUUCGCUGUUGCUUUAGAGAACACCUCAGCGCGAGAAAACCACCUUUCUCUUAGUAUUCUUAAGUAUUACCCAUCCACCAGUCGUAUCGCACGCAUAAGUCGUUCAUUCAGAGCUUCAGCGAAUUGGUAACUUAGAGGGAAAGUGACACCUACGCGUAUUUCAUAGGGCCAAUCACAGGCAAUAACGAACUGCGUCAUAAGUUGGCUUCCCUUUGAAGUAAUUUCCUCUGGAUGGAUAGUCCUUCCUCUCAAAUCUCAGUGUUCAAUCCGUAGAGUUAUAUCUUCUGUCAUUCGUUUUCUGUAAUAAUUGUAACUUAGGAAAGAUGUCCAUUUGUCAUUUUAGGCACUGGAUUGGAUUCAUGAAAAUGGCGAGUUUUAUUUGUCGAGUCGGACGGGAGAAGGUGACUCAGACGCUCAAACAAAAGAGCUUUUAGAUGAACACCAAGAGUUCAAGGAGGCUUCAGAGGUAUAUGAAUUGGUGUGUGAAACCUUUUUGGUUCACUUAUGUCUUAGCUGUCUUUUGCUUUUACGUUUUUUGAUUUCUUUCGAGAGUAAUUAAUUUGGUGUCUGUUGAUACAGUCACCUUACUCAAGCAACAUCAGUGAGAAUUGAAGGUACUGCCAUUCGAGUCUUGUUUUUCUCCAACCCUAAUCCUUGCAAGAUCUGAGAACAUUUUCUGCCAACUGAUGAUCAAGAAUUUUUCCGCUGGCUAGUGCUAAGAAUGUAGUGUUAUUUCAAAGACAAAUCUCCUAAUUGAUAAUGUGCUUAAAUCUCGUGACCUCAUCUGUUUGGCUUUGGGUCAAAAUUGCCAGGGGACUUACUCACUCUUUACAGCCGAUUCCAAACAGUCAGUUUAUGCCUACGAGCGGAAAAGCAAGACAAACAGAAAAGCGCGACGAGCAAGAGGUACCAAAAACUUUGCAGACCAUGGAUAGCUUCAUCAUUUUCCUUUGCCUUCUUCGUCGACUUUCGCUCGCCCGCUCAGUUUUGGCUCGUCUCAACUAAUCGAGGGUCCAGCCAAGGCUAAUCUGUGUUUGAUUUUCACAGACAAUCCACUUCAUAAGCAUGUCAAUCAUCUGUUUUACUCCAACAUUGUUUUAUAUUUUUCCUUUUUUUUCACAGCAAAUCAGAGAGAGAGUUAAGUCCAUGUUACACCAAGCGGAAACACUGAUAGCCAAAUCCUGUUACCAUAGUGACGGAAUCAGGCAAUGGGCCACGGCAGUUGAGAAAAGAUAUAAAGACUUUGCUCGACGGAUGCAAAAAUAUCGUGCAAAACUCGAGAACAAGCUGGGAUAUACUGCUUCGGAACACGAGGUAUUGUUUGUUUUCAUGCCUGGGAACGUUUAAAUAACUAUUGAUUUCUUAAUCACGACUGAGAAAAUUGCCUAAUUCUGAAUGGCUGACAGUAGGCACUUUAAACGGGAUAUCUUCAUAGGAGGUACACUACCAUUCAGGGAACACUUUUUUAAGUCAGUUGUAUGUCCCCUGACCAGAGAUCCACUCUAUUACCUUUGUAUAUGUUACUUUUAACAAAGCGACCUCUGAUUAAGGGUCGAUUUUGAUAGUCCUGAGAGUGCCCCUUGAGUUAAGGUUCCACUGAAGGGAUAAAUCUCUGCCCACUCCUUCUCUUCUUUUCUUACCAGCGGAGUUUUCGCGCCUACUUUUUUUCAAUGAUUUUAAACAGUUUUUUUUUUUAGAUCAAAACUCUUCAUGUAUGUUUGUUUUUGUGUUUCGGGAUCAUCUGUUAUCUUCCUAGCAACACCAAUAAUAGUUCGGAUUAUUUAAAGAAGCGGCUGGCCAAAAUUUUCCUUAUCGCCGAAAGUCCUGCGAACACUGUUUUAAAAGCUUCCUACCAGCCUUAUCUCAAAUGAUACUCAUUAAAAAACCUCUUAAAAAGAAGUCUUUUCAUUCUAUGUUGUCAAUAGUUUGCGGUUAAUAUUACUAGUACUAAACUAGUCUUUUAUACUAAAAGCCCAUUUAUUUUGUAUUGCAACAAAUCAACAAAUUGAUGUAAUCGCUGUUUUCUAUAAAUCGUGUCAGUUUUAUGUAAAUUGCGGGACGAGAAUUUUAACCAUGUUCAAAAACAAUCUCCUGCUAGAAAAUUUGUGGUACUUUUCAAUUAUCUGCGCCGCAUGACUUUCCCAGAUAAUUUCCGAACGCACCCAAAAUUAGGAACAUGAAAAAAUUUCGAGAGUUGAGUGUAGGUUUCCAGUAAGUUGAUAUUUUUACAGAUGGGAAAGCGAGGCCGGUAACUAGGGAUUAAGCGUAAGCCAUAAGUGUAAAAGAUACUAUUUCUCCAAAGCCUUUCAACGCAUUUAAAAGUUUUCAACAAAGGGUGAUAUUAAAUUUUAAAAUCAUUUGGCAGUGCUAAACGAGUGUUCCGUGGAAUUAUUGAAAAUUAAUAAAACUGUUCCAAUGGUUGUUUUGGCUUUUCGUAAAAGCAGUGUUUUUCACGGUUAAAAUAUUGCGGAAACGGUCUUAUGAAUAUCGAGUAGAAAAUGCAGGUGGAGGCGCUUUAAGAAAAACCGCGUGUGGCCCUCUUCCUGUCUUUGUAUUAAGUCUUCCCCGAAGCGUUAAGAAUUGUCAGAUCGUCACAAACCACCGGCAUUCCAUUAUUAAUUAAUAUUGCAACUCUUUGGCUAUUGUACUGAUAAUAACAUCGAUAUGUGGUGGAGAAGGAAAGGUUGUAGGCGAGACAUGCCGCCAUCUUGCCGGUGCCUUUACGUGCUCGCUAAAGUAAAUUCCUUGAAUUAAGAAGAUUUGCCUCAAAAGCUCCUCAGUUUUCGAGAAUACGUCGAUGAGUUGCGCAGUUGUCACGGAAACUCGACGAAUUGAUGGGCAGGAUUUUGAUGGUCGAAAUUUGACUCGGCCGUUUCCUUGAGCGACAGAUUGUAAUUGUUUUGAUCGUAGUGAAGUGAAACUCGACACUCUUUUGUGGACAAUUCAACAGGACUCGCGCGGCUAAUAAGCAUGUGAAAAUCGCGUUUUAAUUGAGCGAGUCGUGUUUGCUCGUCAAGGAGUGUCUGGUUCGCGAAAUUGAGCGCAAUUUACCAGGAUCCUGAACACAAGUCCUGAAAAACAUUUACUUACAUGUCACAAAUGUGGACCAACGCGACCAUUAGAUUGCGAAUGAAAUGGUUGUGAUAUUUUGCGUGUGUUUCUCGUUCUUUACUGUACGACCGCGUGAUUAACUCAAGGUGGCUUAGCGUGUUGGUAGAGGUAGUCAUUCGGGAGGAAGAGAAAAUGGCGAACGACCACAACGACGAUUACUACGAUGAUUUCUCCGAUGAGGAGUCCAAUUUAUCCAGUUAUCGAUCACUGACUCUGUUCUCUUCGUUACUUUGUAUUGAUUGUCAGGAUGAUGUGGAAUGGCCGAGCCUGCAGUCGUUACACACACAGGGCCAACAACAACAGCAAGCGUUUGCUUUAAGGGAGACUUCCAAGGACAGCGGUAUCCAUGAAAUGACUGAGGAAAAGAGACGCUCUGCGAAGCGAAAAGAGUGAGUUGAAAAAAUAGAACACCUCCUUUGUUCCAAGGGCUUUUUUUGUCACUGCAUUUUUAUACUGUCGCCUUAAAAAAAAAAACUAACGGCUUACAGUUGCACAAUAGAAAGUAUCUGGAACCAGCUAAUUUUGGGUUAAAUAUUGAAUUAGACGUGUCAAAAUUUAUAACAAGCUACCCAAAAUAUAGAAAAAGGAAAAAGUUAUUUUUAUUAAGCUGCUCUGAGUGAGUUUUAUCCUGUAGACAAUCUGGUGAAUUGUAAAUAUUUUGUACGGUUGAGUGACGAAAGAACGGCUUAAUUUUUUGUCGGUAACAUUGUUUCCGGAUUUUGAAAAAUUAUGAGAGAAGAAUGGUUCUUUUAAUCCCUUUUGUCAGUUUGCACAGAGAAGGUAUUUUCCGGGUCUACGAGAGAACUUGAAAGUAGUACUUUUAUUUUGUCUGAAGUGUUCGUUUUCAUUUGACUUUCUAAAAAGAACAAAGAAAAAGUUAAAUUAUAUUUUCAACUGUUUUGUUGUUAAUUUGUUAAUGAAGCUUAAAUCAACACUGUCAAAAUAUGAAAAUAACCUUUGUCAAUACUUUUUAUAACAAGAUUAGCGUAGCUUCUUAUUCUUCCAGCGAUCUGCUAAUUACCAAAUGUAAUCAAAUUCUAGCUGUCUAAUUGUGACUGAAAUUCUCAAUACUGACAAAGUUUCACCGUAGAAGCCAGUACAGAAAAUCUCCGUUUUGCAUAAACGAUGGAAAUUCUUGUUUUCUUCCUCGCUAGAUUUAUAAUGAACGAAUUGCUCCAAACGGAAAGAACGUAUGUGGCUGAUUUGAAGUGCGUAAUUGAGGUAAGAAUAUUUGUCAUUUUUUUCUGUUUUCGAUUGUAAGCAUAAGAUAUGCUUACGGACAUUUACCAAUCAUUUGAGCGUCAACGAACAUGUAAUAUCAGAUUAUUUGACAUCUUGUUACUCCGUUUGUAGUUACCGCUAUUUUUUAAUAUAAAUCAGUUAAAGAAAGGUUAACUCUGCGAUGAAGCAAUUUUAUGUAGCCAGAAUCCUUUUUUUUUUAAUUGUUCUUUUCGAAAAAAAAAAAAACGAUGAAAUUAGUUGCAUGCAUCAGGCAACGUGCAAUUGGUAGCAAGCUCGCGAAAACAGUCACCUGUGGUCAGCGCCAAAAAAACUUGUAGCUGUAGCCAAAAAAAGAUUUGACUGCUGCAGGUUGCCAAAGGCAGGAAAGAUUUGUUACGGGAAAGAUUUGUUACGGGAAAGAUUUGUAUUAGCUCCUUUUUAAGCACGGGAAAGAAAAAGCGGGUGAUCUGAUUUCUGAUUCGUUAAAAGUGGCACACUUGAUUUGGCUUCAGUUGCAGUUAAACCAACUAUUACUUUCCCAAGUGCGUAUAACAAGAAAUUUGUAUCACAACUUGCUUUUCCUUUUUGUUGACGCAAGAUAUUCUUCCUCGUCUCUUUCUUUGUAGAGCUACAUCAGCGCUAUGUCUAACAGCUCUGAAGUUCCACCUGGUCUUGCGGGAAAAGAAAGCAUAAUUUUUGGCAACAUCGAGGACAUUUACAACUUUCAUAACAGGUUUGCAUCUUCUUACAUGACAAGAUUACUUCGUCUCAUAGUCAUCCUUACCGAUGAAAACCGAAGUCGAGCCGAUGUUUAGCCGGUGUUGAUUCGUUAAUACCCGAGACUUGAGUGGUAUAAUGAGCAUCUUAAUCCAAGCUUUAUAGAAGAUUGCUCAUGUAAUCCUAAGCUUGGUAAACACUCGGCAAAUGUAUGUGGUGAGAUAGCAUUUUUUUUUACGUCUUUAUCGAUACCUAGCAUUUAUUUUUCUUCGAAAUUGAAUUUUCAGCACUUUUCUGCAAGCUCUAGAGAAGUUUGAAACGAAUCCUGAGAACGUUGGAGAUGCGUUUCAGGAAUGGGUACGUAAGGAUCAUCAUUACAUUUUUCUAUAAAAGAUUUUAUCUUUAUCUCUUAUCACUUUGAAUUAUGAGCCGAUCUGCUUUAGUGUGCAGAGGUAAAACUGGUUAAUGAAAAUCCUCCCGGUUGGCUUUGUCCAUCGUAAGGCCAUCUUAAGCGCUUAAUGCUGAAUUUAAUUUGCACAUUUAUGGAUGUGGACAAAAUGACAGUUUGGAAUUAUGACGUUUCAUUGACGACUAAAAUUUCUUCAUCACAGGGAGAAUCGUUUGUUGGCAUGUAUGUGGCCUAUUGCAAGAACAAGCCUUUCUCAAACUCCCUUCUCAUCGAGCACGGAGGGAGCUUUUUUGCGGUGAGUGAUCAAUUCAUAACUCGCUACUAUUUUUGUCUGUAACUCCUUUCACAUGCAAAUGUCUGCAUUGUGGUGGUCACAUCUUAAGAUCCACUGUGUUUAUUUUGGCCUGACGUAAUUCUGCAGCCAUGCUGCUCUGAUCGUGGAAGCUUUGUUGGGUCGUAACCAAACUCUUGUUUCGUUUUCGUAGGAUCUACAAGCCAGCUAUGGGCAUGGUUUAUCCAUCUCUGCAUAUCUUAUAAAACCUGUUCAAAGAAUAACCAAAUACCAGCUACUUUUAAAGGUAAGGUAGUAUUUGAUAUCCCUUUCUAGACGGUAAUGUUUUCAUUCAUGGAAAUUUAGAGAAUAGCUAGAAUUGUUCGCUUCUCUCAACUUUUUCUUUUUUCCAGAACCUUUGCAAAGUAUGGAGCUCUUCAACCGUACUACAAACAAUUUAGUUUUCGAAUUUCCACUCUUUUCAUUAAUUUAUCGAAUGAAGUUCAAAGUAAUUUUUAGAAACUUCAUGUGUGGUCGAUUCUUUGCGUUAAACAAUGGUUUCUACCUGUAAUUAUUAAAUGGUUCGGGACUUGUUUGCAAAAAAUAUUCCAGCUGCUUCUUUGUUCCUAAGUGAAAAGAUUGCUCUAACUUCCUGGGUCGCUUACUUUAGGAUCUUCUGACGUGCUGUGAAGAGGGAUCUGAGUGUAGUCUCCAGGUAUGUAAAUGCAAAGGCAUAGUUAGUUUACAUAGCAUUUUGUACAAGGUUUUUGCGCUUUACAGCUUGUUUGAACUUUUAACAAUCAGAUGAAACGUUUAUUGAUCUAACCUCGUUGAUAGUUACAUAAAUACCAGCGUGUAGAAACGCUAAUUGAUCAAUUUACUCCUUGAUUCAUUCCUUGUUCGAUUUAAAAAAAAAAUUUUUUUAUUCUUUUUCCAUAUCGGAGUGAAGAUCAUUCAACCGCAUGACAAUUUCAAUAAACAUCUAUUUUGAGGAACUCAAGAAGGAAAAGCAGAUAUCUUUUCUAAUCAAGUGCUAGACUUGUCUAAUUACACUGGAAAAUUUACAUCAGCCAUGUCACGUUUUGCGCAUGUUUAAAUUUAGCUCAGCUUGAUAGAAUUGUCGUCUUCAAUCUACUAUUGUCACUUUACGGUUUAUCACUGCCUCUCCAGUCUUUCUCAGCCCAAACGAAUCAACGUGUGUAUCAUCUUUAAAGCUGAAGGUUUUUUGUGAACGUCUCAAAAAAUAUAAAAAAGGAAAAGAAAAAACUCGCUCAAUGAUAUCGUGACUUAGCUUCUUAAGACAUUUCAAUUCUCAUCUUUAAAGACAAAAGAACAGGGCGCCUUGUAAACAGUUAUGCGGAAUUACAAAAGCGAAUUUAAACAUCAAUACACUUGCCAUGCUGUUUCAGGCAAUCGAUCAGUGGAGGCGAGUGCAAAAGCUUGAAAAAUCAAAAAAGGAAAAUCAGCGUGGUUCUACAUCCGCUGCUUGUUUUUCCUGACUCUCUCAUAACAUCAAUUGGUUUACUCUCCAUACUGAUCUUUGUACAUUUCUAAAGGUGCUGACAAGGAGAAUUUGUACAACAAUCAAAAGCUUCUUAAGUCGGUGAUCGUUUCGUCUACCCUUGUGACCUUGAUUCAGGGAAGAUAUUAUAAGAAGAGAUUAGGUGCUAGACGGGACAAACGGUUAAUGUCGCUCCUCUGAGUGUCUCGAAUAGGUUUUAAGACAUUGCAGUUGGUACAAGAUGGGAAGGUGAGGUGGGAGGGGAGGGGAGGGUCGCUUGCACCACAGGAGCCCCAGCCUCCUAACCACGCGUUUUUCUAAAUGUUGUACUCUCUUCCCAGGCGGGUUUGGAUGUGAUGCUAAGCGUACCGAGACGAGCUAACGACGCCAUGUACGUGAACAUGCUGCACGGAUACGAUGUAAGUUAAAUUUUCGUUCGUGAGUCGCACGUGAGCGCAGUCUUCACGCAAUGUAGAAGUUGCUACUGGUGAAAAUAAACCAAGCUAUUUUGAAAUUCUCAUUAUGAAACAAGGUUCUUAAUUUGCUGCUUCCUUUUUGUGUCUUUUCAUAUAUUUUAGUUUUGUAGCAGGAAAAUUGAGGAGAUUACUUUUCAUAAUCCGUCACUCGAUAGAGCAAUCAAAGUGCUAACAACAAAACUAGAUUUACAGUAUGAUUAUAUGUCUGUUUUUCUUAUUUCAGGAGAACAUUGAUUCUUUAGGAAAAGUUGUGUUACAGGUACUUAAAAUAAUUUCAUAUUCAUUCCAUAGGUUUUCAGUUUCGCGAUCGUUUGCUCAGUUGUUAACUCACUUUCUGCAGCAUUGAAGAAUUUUGCUCAUUUAAGUUCUUGUCAAGAAUUUGUGGUGUGUCACGCGCGUGGCUUAUCGCCAUCGUGUCACGCACGUGGCGUAUCGCCAUGUCCCGCAAUUGCUUAUCGUUAUGUCGCGCACGAAGGUUGAAAUGUACGACUGUUUGCUAAACUUGUCUGAAGUUCUAAGAUGGCGUCUAUUUCUUGCAGGACUCUUUCACUGUCUUUGAUCCAAAGCAGCUAAGAAGAAAGGGAAAAGAACGCCAUAUAUUCCUCUUCGAGCAAGCGUUACUUUUUAGCAAGGAGACCAAAGAUGCAGAUGGAAAAAUCAAGUAUCUUUACAAAAACAAAAUGAAGGUAAAUAAUUUCAGGAUGUUUUCGUUUUGCAUCAGCACCUAGUGGAAAAUGUCAUGGGACAACGAACACCUAUGAGAUGCUUGGGGUGCGAUCUUUAGCUGGUUUAUUGUGUUGUGUUCAUGUUCAAGGAACGUGCUUCAAGGAAAGUGCUUCUCGCUGUGCUAUUCUGCGAACUGUCAGUCAGACAAUCAGUCCGCCUGUCCGUCCUGAAUCAGUCUGUCGGUCAGACAGUCAGUCAGUCAUUCAGUCUGUCUGUCAAUCUGUCAGUCAGUCUGUUGGUCAGCCAUUCAUUCAGUCAGGUUGUCAGUCAGUUAGUCAGUAAUUUGUUAGUUACUUUGUUAUUUACUUUGUUAUUUGUUUGUUAGUCUGUCAGUCGGUCAAUCAGUCAGUCAGUUAGUCAGUCUGUCAGUCAUUCUUUCAUUCUGUCAGUCCGUCUGUUGGUCAGUCUUUUUUUUUAACACCAAAUAAUCAGAAUUGAUCAAAUCAAUGAUCUUAUAAUUUACUCGUUCUUACAGACCCCCGAGUUAGGAAUAACAGAGCACAUUGCAGAGGAUUCUUGUAAAUUCGCUGUGUGGACUGGAAAACCUCCACAGUCUGAGGAUAAACGCGUCAUGAAAGUAAGUCAGGAAUGUUUUUUCAUCUCUUAAACGCUAUACAUUUUAACACUGGUUUUCAUGUUCUCCACACUGUUCUGUUCAAUUCAAUUUCCUCUGUUACUGACGGGGAGAAUUUAUUAGACAAUCAGAUUCCCAAAUUGGUGAUCAUUUCCUUUAUUCUCACGACCUUUAGAUAUGAUUCAAGGUGACAUUGCAAGGAUAAUUCAUAAGUGUGAAAGGGUUAAAGUGUCGCGUUUCAUUUUUGAUAAAUUCAAGUGAUAGCAAAGUUGAAUUACAUCACGUGGAUUCCAUCUCGCUGCAUCCAAAUUGGUGUAAAUCCGAUAUGGCAUCGUUCUAUGUGAAAGUGGUUUUAAAGUUUGGUUGCAUGCAAUGUUGUUUUAAUCCAUUCCCGUGUUUUGAACUAAAGAUUCAAUUGCAGGCAAGAUCUUUGGAAUGCAAGCAACUGUGGGUGAAAGAACUGAGGGAAGUCAUUCAGAAUUUCCAGUUUGGUACCCUUAGAGAGAGAAGUAAGGACAAAUACCUUUUUCCUAACAAAAAAAAUCAUGUAAAGCUGUAGUUAUCCUCUUGAAAUAGUUUCCUUAAAUAAUUGUUGAAAUGGGAUGUUAAGGAACAAUGUCAGUAUUGUAGCAACUGCACACUUACCCCUCCCCUAACCCAACAAUAGGCAACUUAGAUAACAAGUCAGGGUUAAGGGUGGGGAGGGGAGGGAUAGGUAGGUAGGUGCUCAGCUAGAGACAUCGUCCGAAUGUUAUACGGUAGAGCGAGGUUUUCGUCACCGGAGUCCACACUUCAUGGAUGAGAGUUGGAGCAGAGAGUUCUUUGAAUGGAUUGAAGUGAUCACGCUUUUGUAGUUUUUAUGGUCAAUUUUUCCUCUUUUGAUUUACUCAGUUACUAACACCGUUCGGAAAUUCUUAACAGUAUUGUGACAGAGUUUAUUAUUUCACGCCAUGCACGCCUCCAGGGCCUGGUACCUAUGGAUUUACACGAGUUUGUAGCCAAUCAGGUUUAAAAUUUUCCAAAAGUGGAAUUGAAGGUUUUAAAAUUGUCCUGAUGAGACAGCUUUGAGAGUUAAAAGAAGGCGAAAGGUAACAUCUUUUCUCAAUUCUGUAGCGACCUCCAUGACGAGCUCGACCAGUUCUGUGACAACUACUGCCUCGAUGAAGAGCCGCGAGGAGAAAGCUGCUGACCGGUAUGAUUGCUUUCUCGUUAAUGAGCUCAGUUUUCAGUUAAGCGCGUUGCUGGUAUUUCUCUUGGUACAUUUUUGUUUUAAGAAGUAAAGGUUUUCUUUUAUCUUGCCGUAGGGAAAGUGGUGUUAUAGAAGACGAUACCAUCUCGGGCGACUUCGACAACUUCCCAGAAGGAAAGGUAAGAAAAUUGUAGAUAGGAGUAAGCAAAAAGAGAGAGAUACAAAAAAACAUAAAAGAUGAAAACCAAAAGUUUAUUUGCUGCGAUUUAUCACUCUUAAAAUAUGGUAACUCGUUAGUUUCGCCAUUAUGAUUGUUUUCCGGUUUCUUAAGUUCCCAUGUAAAGUUGUCAAUUGAUCGAAGUGGAUAUUAAGUAGUUUCCAUUUCUUUCUUAAGUUCGUUAUGAGAUUACCGCAGAAUUGCCGCCAAAUUACCUCCUUUGGAGCUUUUUAGCACUAGCGCUGGUGAUAGAUCGAAACCUCUCACCAAUCAUUGUGUUCUCUGAAGCCUUUGGAUGAGCAUUGAAUGCGGCGAAGAGACCAAUUUCUCCUUUUGUAUCGUCUCGUGUUUGAUUGAUGAUGUUAGGAGAAUAUGCUCAUGCAUCUGGACAAUUAAGAUGAUUGUCAGAAGAAAACUUAGCACCGAAUGUAUCGAUAAGGUCUGUCGGCGAAACUUUUCAUCCCAAAAUCGUGUUAUGUUGGAAUAAAAAGACACUUUGACAGACUCUUUAAUGAGCAUCCCCAAGCCAUCAAAACGGCUUUACAACCUUAUAAGAAACGCGAGACAUACCGUUACGUUUUGCCUUGCGACAAAAAUUAAAUCCUGAUCUCUUUGAAUCUUACAAAUAGCCUUGAAAAAUUGGGCAUCCUACCAGAAUGUACGCAAAUCUUUAAAAUAAGACUUCCCGAAGGGCCUCUAACUUCUUUUCGUACGGUUAAAUCUUUCGGAGGCUUUCUUGUCAGAGCGGUAAAAUUCCUUCAUGUUUCGAACAAACAGAUACGUUGUUGAUUGCGGGAAGACGGUGACAAUAUUAAAAAAUUAUAACGGGAUUUCGUGUGUGUUUCUAGUGAUAAACCAAAUGGGAAUAUUUUCUUUACCACUUCGAAUGCCUCACACCAAAAACAGGUGACUGCGUUUGUCUGGCAGGGUCUGGACAUGCUAUUACUGCAAGAUCGCGCAACAAAACCUGAAACGUUAAGCUUUACUAUUUUAAGAGAGGAUUUGCCAUCUCCAAGUGGUCUUGUGCAAGGUUUUAAAGGAAGAAUCUCGAUGUCAAGCAGAACAAAAAUUAAUCCUUUAAUUAACCGUCUUACACGAUUAUCGGAGCUAGGCGGUGUAACUUAUUUUACGCCCUAUUCGUGUUUAACAUUCCAUGACCCCCUCUGGCUAUGACCGUGACAGACAUGUAGCCUGUCACACUAAUGAUUUUCACUCUAUCCGUGAUUGGUUAAUAUGUGAGAGCAAUCCGCUUCACGGGACAGAAGUGCUUCUUUGUUUGUACGUGAUAAUCUAAAAGCUUAAAAGUAAUCUGUAGUAAGACGGAUUUCUUCAUUCUGUGUCCUACUAUGCGAUUCAUCGGCUCUACGUGACAACCCUGUCUGCCCGAUGACGACAGUCGGCAGAGGGGAUUUAUUUUGUGUCGUGGUGAAAUAUUCCAGGCUUAGUCGCGUAAUGAAUUGUAAGUGUUAUUCCCGCCGCCAUUUUGAAUCAGCGAUUGAUUUAAGAUCAUGAACAGUCCACGAAAUGGACGGACAAAGCGCGCAUCUUCAACGUUACCGUUGUUAUUUGAGCGGCAGAUUUUGACACUGGACCCCAAGGUAGAGUAUUUGAUUGUUCUAUCUAUAUUCCGUAGUCUUUUGUUUGUGAACGUAAGAGUACGCAUUUACACCGACACGACUCCGUACUUUCGAUACUUCUCGGCCUCGAAACGAUCGUGCGUUUUCAGGACGCAAUAUCAACGACGAAUUUGUACCGUCCAGUUCGCCUAAACCGCAGUUAAAUUCAUUUCGCUCCCCGCCGUGUUAUAUUGUCGGUUUCCAGUCCAAUGCGAAUCAUGUGCAAUGAGAAGAACUAUCUCUUUGGUUAUUUCAGUUUAUUUUCCUCCUUGGUUACAGUACGAGUUGAUUGAGUGCUUUUUUACUCAUAGGCGUUCGUCAUACCACUUAGUUCUUGAGUUUUGUCGUAGUUUCGCGUGAGACAUUUCUAUCCAUAUUGUUCCACUAGACGUCACUAGUACUUGAACUUUUCGGCCGAUUCAUUCGAGUUCUAAACCUUUUAAACCAAUACUGAACGAUAUUUUAUCUACAUCGUGCGCAGUUUAGACUUUGGUCUAAUCCGAUCGAGCCAAAAAUUGGCGAAAACCCAUCAACGCAGAAAAUUCCGGUUUGAAGUUCGAAUUUAGUUAUCUUUUCCUUUUGUUUUCCUUUGUCUCACAUUUUUACAACGUGGCUGAAUGUUCUCGUAUUUCGUUCCAGAAUUUUGCUUUGUUUUUGUAACUAGACUGACAGAAUUUUUCCUGUUAACUUCGAGUUGAAGGAGCUUAAAGUUUCGAUUUAGUUUUAUGAGAUAAAGCCAGAGGUUCAUUUUGACGGCACAUGCUGGUCAUUUUCAAAAAUACAGUUGUCAGUUCACAUAUCUGUUCUAAAAUUAGCUUACAUCGCGAUCGCCCGAUGAGAAUACGUGUAACACGCGCGCGCGAAAUGUAACACGCGGAGAUAAGGCUAUCAUUUUCCGCAUUGUGGAUGUACUCGUAUCAUUUGCUUCGUUUAGGGAAAGAAGCCAACGAUACUAGACCAACAACUUCCUUACACUCCCGCUAAUGACUUCUGCCCCCAGGUGAUUCUUCACUGUCUGCCAUGAAUAUUUGGUUUUUUUUUAAUGUAAUGUUAGUACUGAGAAUUUGAUGUUUAACCAAAUCUGUGACGGUUUCUUUUUCCUUCAUUCAAUUGUCAGUCUCAAUAUGUUUCUCUUUAAAAGCGUAUGGGAUGUAGUAUAGAAAGCUUGCUUAUGGUCAGGGGGAUUAAAUGAGCAAACAUUAUUGGAUGUUUUCCUCUCAAUUGGCAAUUUUCUGGACCUCUUGAUUCUCUGAUGUAAUUAUCUUCUCGAAGUUUUUUAAACGAGAAACUAAUGGAACAGGGAAAUUUAGCAAUGUUUUAUAUUGUUAGUAUCCUAUCAUCUUGCGGAAUCUUAGACCCGUGUGACGAUGUUUAAUUGGGCUUGCAAUUGUUUAUUCAGAAAAUAGGUAUUUCCUCUCCAUAUUUCGAAUUGAAAGAGGUGUUGAAGCUUUCCUUUUCGAAGACUAGGUACACUUUACGUGUUUUUAAAAACCAUUGUAUUUCCACGCAAUUAUUUUCUUGUGUUAGGAGUCGAAAACUUUAAAACUGUCUCGUUAUGUCAUUUCCUAAGAAACAAUUUCAGUUCAUAAGCCUCUUCUUGAGUGGCUACACUUGAUGGUUUUCCACUCGAAAUGGAAAUUGAGAACUUGAUCAGUUUAAUAUAUACAGUUUAAAAGAGGAAAUAAAUUCAAAUCAUUGCAGAACCGAUCCCUGUCUUAGUAAAUUCCCGAUUAUAUUACUUUUAUUUGUCAUCUCUUAGCUCCCCAAAACUGAAGAUAUUAAUUUUUAAUCCGAGAUUUACUAUCAGUCUUUUCUCGGUCGUGGGUUUUUUUCCACGGGUGAGCUUGGAUUGAGGUUGAUUUUCGAUAAAGCACUGUGAAAUUUUGCAUGCUUAAGCCGGAUUUAAGCGGGAAAAAAAAAAUACGUGAGCGUGACAACAAAGGAUUAACACAAACGUGAAACGUUUUUUUAAUGGUGGUCUUUAAAUUAGAAUCUCGAUGAAAUUUUAUCCAUGAUGUGGCUGGCCAGGUGAAAGCUCUCUAGUAGUGCUUCGCUGUCUGCGUUCUGUUUUUUUCCAAAGUUUGCAAAAUUUAAAUUGCAAUUUUUUUUUUAAUUUUAUCUGGUCCAUUUAAAACUUGAACCUCUUGGCUUUAAAAGAGUAUUAAAGUUUUACACGGAAACUAUAAGAUAUGCUUACUCCCUUCAUGCAGCGCAAUUGGAUCUAGUGAUAACAUCACGUUUUUCCCAUUCCAAUGCAGUGAAGUGUAACGUGUUUUGAUAAUUCGCAUAUUCACUCUCCCAUGUACACACAACAUUGCACCGCACACAUCCAUCAUUAGCAUAUAAACAUGCUGCAAUCGAAAGGGCCAUGGGUUGUUUAUUCCACAUCGCCAAUUCAGCUAAUCUCCUUCUCUCCUAAGGUGUUGGAAUACAACGAUAAUGUGUGGUCGGUCACCGAGAAUUAUAAGGCAGGAAAUGAUGAAGAAAUCUCACUGAAAAAAGGCCAGCUCGUCGAAGUCCUUGUUAAACCACAUGGAAGCUCCCGCUGGCGAGUUCGCUUGCUGUUGAGCGAAGGAAUUCAUCCGUCGGAAGGAUGGGUUCCACAUAACGCGUUAAAGCGUUCAGACGAGCGAGAUACGAAGAAGAAACGGCAUUCGGACAUCUCCCAUUCGAGCAGCGAAGGUGAGUCGAAGAAUUCCGAAGUUUGGUUUGUCAUGUUGGUGUGUGUGACUUUCCUAUCAUAGCGUGCAUCUAUCGCCAGUUCAUUGUUCUCUCAGUUUGCGUGUCUGUUUUAAAAUGUGAAUUUGACAAAGGUUUAUAAUUUCAUCCUCCAGUUUCAUUUGGUCAGGAGUAAGAAAGCGCGAAUCGUUUUGAUUUUCGAUUAGCACAAUGCAAUAGCAGUCAGGGUUGCGUAGGUUUUCGCUUUGUUGCUCUGUUGACUUGGGCUUUUUAUCCGUCCCUGCACAACAAUACAGUGCAAAAUUUUGUUUGAACUGGACAAACGUACAAUCGUUCUAACAAGUAGCUUCUGUUUGUCGAGUUUUUUUAUGCCUUUAUAACUUCCCUUUCUAUCACCAAAAGCGUUUUUGUCCGUGUUUUGAAUCGAAACAAGAGAGAUGUCUUGCACUAUUCGUAAAUUCCAAAGCUUUCGGAAUGUGUCAUGUACAAGACAACAAAGGUCGCUAGUUUCUUUUCUGUUUAUGUGUUGCCUUUGUGUUUCGGGUUCUCUUUCUUUUUAAACAUCUUGUCGUAUUAAUUUGUCCAAUAUAGCAACAUUUUAGAUAGAAACAUGAUAAAACAAUCAAUAUUCGCAGUGGUGGAAAACUUUCGAGAUUGAUAUUUCUCAUUUUGAUAUGUCUAGAUUAUGGCAGCUUGUGAAAUUAAAAGUCUGUUUUGUCUAUCAACACUUCUUAACAGAUCCAUUCAACCUUAGCGACUUCUUUCUCCGUAGUAAACGUUUUGUUUAACAUUCAAAAUUCUAUUUUCGUCAUUUUCCAGCGAAUAUCUGCUUGUUCAGGCAGGUAAUUGCGUUUAUUGGCGGCUGCCUUUAUGCUUCAAUACGAACAUCGUCUUUCUUAUACUGUCAGGACAACCAAUGUUUCCCAGAUAUCGAAUUAAUUGAAUUUACCAACGUCGUAUUAAAUGUAAACCAGCUUGCAGUUAGACAAUAAUUGAAUCAUCGAGUUUCAUUUCCUUUUCAAAACGGAAUUUUGACGCGGUAAAAGAUAAACAAAAGAAAAUUGAUAUUUGGUUGGAACCUUUUUCGUCAGUGUUAUAUUAGACGCUGUCAUGAUGCCGGUGAACUAAGACAAUUUUCUUCUAGACUCAGGGCCUUCAAAUAGUUGGAAGAUAUCGUUAUUUCUCUCAAAUAAGUAAUCAAAUAACUAGUUAUCGUUUACGCAAGGAGUUGAAAAGGGUCUUGCUCAAGUUUCUUUGACACAAGAUAGUCAUUCAUUUAUUGACGGAUAUGUUGGUAGAAUGACAAAAUAAUUUGUCAGUAUUCAUCAGUCGCGGGUCAGUCGCACAGAUUUUAUUGGUGAUUUGCUUCGUCGGGCCAUAGAAAAUGAUUAAGACUUUGUUAAUAUGCUACUCUGUUUUUGCUGUUUGUGUUGUUUUUUUUUAAAGGUUAAAACAGAACAACGAGAAGCGACUUCCUAACUUCUGGGCGGAAGUAUUGUUUCCAUGCGGACUUAAAAAAAAUGUGUCAUCAUAUCUUUAAAUGUUCGUAUGAGGGCUAUAUUAGCACUCUAUCGAGUAUUGUCUUUGUAGUUGUUUUCUGAAUGAGGAUAAAAUAUCUAUAUAAUCCAUAUGCUUAAAAGAAUACGUCGUGGUUGUUUUUUUUCCGGGAUUUUCAAAGACCAUUUCGUACGCAGCACCUGACAACGUAUUGCAUUUUCUUGUCAAUGUAAUGUAAUGCGUGGUUGUAUUGACAAGUUUUGUGAGGCCACUUCAGCGCUAAGUGACUGGUCUUCUGUAACAAUAUACAACAUGUCCCAAGGCCUACAACGAUUGUACAUGAUUGAUGAACAUAAAGUGUUGUAGAAAGUUAAUGUCCCUUCCAAGUACGAUGAGUACAUCUUUUUUAGUAUGCGGCUUUUUAAUCUGCAUGACACCUUAAAAACACAACAAUAACAACAACAAUGAUAGCUCGCCAUCGUAGCUGAAUAAUACUGACAAAAUAUUUUAAUCUUAACAACGAAACGAAACCACUUUUUUCUUGUCGUGUUUCACUUCCGAUUGGUAACCCACAAGGUUUCCUGAAACUUCAGCAUUGUUAGGAAGCGUCGUUGUAAUAUUUUAACCGACUUUUCCACUUUUUCUUUGAUGUGUUUCUUUGCAGAUUCUGUCUCUUUGUCUUCGUCUGACAGUCCUACCACUUCUUGGUACCAGGGCCAACCCACCAAUAAUAAUGGCAGCUCGCCCCCAGUCCGCCGACGAUCCAAAUCGGGCCCUCAGCUUUCUCUUAGGUAAGUCACCUAAGACUCGCUUUUGCUUUGGCUUAAACUGUGCUUGUUUGAAAUACAAGGAAUGCGUCAUUUAGGUGCAAAUGAAUAGAUUGCGUAGGUGUUUACCGAGCUGUGUAUUGUUUGCGAGAACAAGUUGUAAUUACUAUAUCAAGCCACCGUAUUGGUAAUUAAGUUCUGGCAUCCAAUAUAGCCAACAAAAUACGUGUUUGCAACGCAAAUCUAGUUUCGUCACCAAUAUUUUUAUGUUACGCUUUCGAAUUUCCGAAUGAAAAUUGUGUUAACUCUCAAAACCUGUAGCACUGAGUUGAAUAAACAUACGGUAAGCUUUCAUUGAAAGCUUUGAACGUGAGAACGGUAUGAAAGUGACUCUUAAGCUUUCGUUUGAACCCUAAAUUCAUACACACAAGCUCUCUAACACAGACUGAAAAUUUAGAACCACUUUGCAUAGCACGAAAAACACCACCGCAUGAAAGUGCUCUCAAGUGGCUUUCAUUUGAAUUAUCACACAUCGGGUUUCAUUCCCAGACGUAAAAGUAAGAACCACCUUUCACAACGUGGUGAACAGUACCACACCAUAGUCACUGAAAACUAGCUUUCAUUUGAAUGGUCCCACACUGGGUUUUUAUUCGCAGACUUGAAACCCAGAGCUCUCUCUUCCAGGGCUUAAUAAACAGUAUCACAUGAGCUUACUCCUCAAUAUCUUUUAUUUGAACAGUCGAACACUUAGGUUUAAUCGACAGACCUAAAAGUUAGAAAAUCCUCGUAAAACAUAAUAAACAGUACCUUAUGAAAGAAAUCUCAAGUAGCUUUCAUGAAUGGUUUUAUCUUGAGAAUAAUUAAUUCGUUAAUCUAUGUCUUUUUUAACAGAAAACGCUCGUGGAGUAAAAUUAAAAUGAGCAAUAAACCAACCACUGACCAGUCUCCAGGAACACCCACACGGAUGCCAAAGGGGGUCUCAGGGGGUGGGUCUAAGAAGCUUCAACAACUCCUGGGGGCCAGUGAGAGUGACAUCGAUCUGCUAGUGAGACCCGCUGAGAUUGUAUCUACGCAUACACACAGGGUAAGUCUGGCUGUUACAGUUAGAGACACUAUGGAUAGAGAGAUUCCUUGAACCCUGUACACGCUAACAUCAGUGUACAUAAUCUCUAUACUCUUCUCUAUACAUUUCUUUUGGUUCUGACAAGGAGAAUUUGUUUAACAAUCAAAGCUUUUGGUUUGGCGAACAUUUCCUUUAUUUUCAUGAUCGUAUUGAAUGAUUCCGCGUUAUUACUGUAAGGAGAUAUUAGAUGCUGGUUACUCUCAGGUUGUAAAGGAUUAAAAGAAUUUCAGCGGAGCAAACAAAAGCUGGGAAAGAGAAUGUUGAGUGAAAGAUUUAGGAAUACAAUCUGAAACAAAUAGACGCCAUGUUUGUUGUGUGUCUGUUCUGAAAUAGAUCACAGAUAACUGAGUCUCCUGUGUCACUUGUUCUCCUUACCACACCUUGACGUCACCUGCGAUCUGUUAAGAAUAGUCGCAUGUUAACAUGGAAUCUAUUUGUUUUAUUUUAUGAAGAAGGAAAAUGUUGUUGAUGGGGACGUUAUCGUCGCGUCUGUCUUCCUGUAGAGUUAAGAACCAAUCAAAAUGGCUGUAUAAUUCAGCGUAUUAUAUAAUGUUCUGCAGAGCAUUCCGGAGGAGCUGAGUGAUUCGCACAAUGGCGGUAAUCCUGAAGGAACAGCAUAUCUGCCUGUUCAGCCUUCCACAAGCGAAGGAGAACUAAAACUUCAUCUCAGCGAUGACGAGGAAGACGAUGAUGACGUAGAAGAUGACUUUGAGAAUGAGUACGACAAAACACCGGAAGAGGACGGUGCGGAAGCGGAAGAAGAAGAAGAAGAGCCACAACUUCCCGUGGAGCACGAUGAUCCACAAGAGGAAGAAGACGAAGACCAAGAACAAAUCGGAGGAGAGGAGACCGAGGAACAAGAGGUCGAUAUUGCGCCAUCUACGCCAACCCAAGAUCAUGAAGACCCUGAAGCUGUGGCGCUCAAGAAAAGAACGUAAGAGGCUGAUAUUUGCGAUUAACAUGAGCCAAUUUCAUUUCGUUGCGUUUGUUGAGUGAUGAUUCUUGCCCUUAAUGUGAUACUUUUCUCAAUUUUAGCUCAUUGGGUUUUACGUGCUUUUUACUUGUUAGAUUUGUGUUAAAGGAACUGAUUCAAACAGAAAAAGAUUAUGUCAAAAGUCUCGGAGAAGUUGUAGAGGUAAGGAUUUCAGAUGUUCGGCUCAACAAAAUUCAGUGGUGUCUGAUAUACGGUAAAGAAUCUCAGUGGUGACAUUUUGUUCAAAUCGUUUGUGCAGGGUUUCAUUGUUGAACUUGCAAAGCCAGAGACGCCUGAAGAACUGAAGGGAAAAACGAGGGUGUUAUUUGGCAACAUACAACAAAUCUACGAGUGGCACAAGAAGUAAGUAUGAACCAACAUUUGCGUGCACGUUCUAGUUAAAGAAUGAGUUGGUGACCAAAUGAGAGAUUUCAUGGCAAAGGGCCAACGAAGAGACAACCGAGUGAACGAGCGAACGAGGGCGAACGAAGAAACGAAUCCGUGUGCGUGCGAACGAAGGAACGGACUAGAUUUGGGAAGAAUGCAAAGCAAGCGGUUGGUGAAGGAUUCCAAUCAGUUUAACAUCUAUUUUUUGACUCUCUCUGCAGCAAAUUCUUAAAAGAACUGGAGAAAUGUGAGGAUGCACCUGAGAAGCUAGCCUCUUGCUUUUUAACGUCUGUAAGUUACCUUCAAAUACAAUCUAAACAGCAAUUUACACGACAUAAGUUCUCGUCUUUUGGUAUCUUUUAAUUGAUGUAUUUUUGUAAUUCCUUCAGGAACGUUACCUCAAAUUUUACAUCUUUUACUGCCAAAAUAAACCCAAGUCCAUGAAUCUUGUCCACGAAUUCCGUGAUACAUAUUUUGCGGUGAGUUGCUGUAUAUCUUUUUGUUCAUCAUAAUUUUUUCCUAGUUGAUGAGGUCUGGAAUUAUCACAGCUUUAAUACUUGUGCUAAGAAAGCAUAAGUCGGUCACAGUUUUGUAAAAUUACUUCCAUUUUAACCGAUUAUUUAGGAAGUCACCGAGCGUCUCGGCUAUCGACUUGGCAUUGAGGAUUACCUGAUUAAACCGGUUCAACGAAUCAUGAAGUACCAGCUCCUCCUCAAAGACUUUGUCAAAUAUACAGGCAAGGCGGGACUGGACACUAUAGAACUCAAGGUGGGUCCCAGUCCACCUUUCAGUAAAGCGAUUGUAUUGAUUCUGCUUUGCUAAGCGCCGUGACUGGUUAAGAAAACUAUCACCAUCCUGCGCUCACCUACUUUUUCCCGCGCUUUAAGCUGUUUGCUUUACAUUGUAUUCCUUAUGAAAUUUUCCUGUCUUCUUAUUGAACAAUGUGCGGCUUAGUGAUGUUGUUAUGUGUUAUCUAUGUUUACAGAAAGCUCUGGACAUGAUGUACGUUGUUCCUAAGAAAGCCAAUGAUAUGAUGAACGUUGGAAUGCUUGAGGGUUACACGGUAAGAAAAACAAACACUCUUGUUUUCAAAAUUACAUUACCUUAAUAAUGAUUUUCAAUACGUUUCGUCUUGACACGAUUUAAUUCUUGUUUUCCUAUUUUUUUUUCCUUUUCUUUCAGGGCAAGAUAGCAGCGCAAGGAACUUUGAUUAUGCAGGUAACUAGCAUUCAAAGAAUUCUCCGUAAGAUGAUCAUCAGCGCUCUGAUAUUGCCAAGUUUUCCCCGUUGAAUUUUGCCAAAAUUCUCUUGAUAUCUUUAGGGAGGUUCAAAACAGUUUACCUUUUCCAUCUCAUUUCCUCUAUCUUACCAUUCCUCCCCUUCCUGAGAUAUCACUUUGUUGAUGAUCCUCCCCCUUCUCCCCAGUUACUAAGCUUUUUAUUCUUGUUUUCCAGGACACACUGAUGGUGUCUGAUCCAGAGACUCGUAAACCAUGCAAGCGGCAAGUGUUUUUGUUUGAGCAGCUCAUGAUCUUCAGUGAACCUUUUGAGAGGAAGCUGGAUUGGACAGUGUACAUAUACAGACACAGCAUUAAGGUAAUGCGUCAAUGUUAACCUUUUAAAAACUCUCCUCAUAUGCGAUAAGCGUCUUACAUAAUGAUAGAUUCGGUUAAUAAUGCACAUUCCUCUGUGGCAAAAUAACCCAAGUCGCUCUGGCCAGGAACUGUUAUUGAUAAAUUAUUCGCCUUACACCAUCACAGGUGAAUCACAUGAAUUAUAUGGAAGGGGUGGGUGAUGAUCAGUUGUCGUUCGCCAUUUGGACUGGUUCAGACCCUGACGCGGAAAUCUUUACCAUGACCGCGAGCUCAGCCGAGAAGAAGAAGGACUGGUUACAAGCACUACAAAAGAUGCGGGAAUCUCAACGAGCGUUUGCUAUGGGUAAGGUUCUCGAGAUUGUUUACAAGAUGAAAUAAUCCCAGAAAUCAUGCGCUUUUGUAAUAUUCUUCCUUUUGUAUAUUCAUUGGAUAUGGUAGAGUUUGUUUGAUUGUAAUCGUAAAACCACUUCACUUGGUUACCCAUUUUCCGAUUUUUUCUUGAAGAAAAUAUGAGCAUAGUCUGAUAUAUUUUCGCUGCAUUUUUUUUCCCAAAUUUUUGUUAACUUUCUUUUCAACUUUGAUUUAACUGUUCAAUGCAGAAUCGCCUGAAGCGGGGCAAUUUUUAAACCAAGGACACAGAGGUUUGAAAAUAAACUUUAAACUUUGAAAUUAAAUUUAAAUACGAGAUGUGAUUAUAUAAUUUAGAAUUAAUUGUUCAGUUUGUAAAUUCAGUUAAUCAGACUUCUACGCCUGUAAAAGGCGAACGUGUUUAAACUUAAAACGUAAACUUUCAGUAACCCUUUAAUCACGUUUAGUUAGUUUCUUUUGACGUACUCAUGUUCUUAAUGACCGUACAGGCUUGAUGUUAAUAGAAAGAAAAGUAAUAAUUUUAAAGUGCCGUUAAAUUGUAUUGAUCCAAUGUGUAAAGAGGAAAUUAUUUUUAAACUUCUUGUAAAACAUUUUUUUUAAUCGUGACAUCCUUUCAGUAACUGGUAUGUCGCUGUCUUCUGUUGUAACGUUCUUCAAAUGUAACUUAAACUGUCAGUAACUGGUAUGUCGCUGUCCUCUGUUGUAACGUUCUUCAAAUGUAACUUAAACUGGUCACUCUCACGUUAAUCUAAAUUGAUCCAACAUUUCUCUUCUCGGCUAUUGAUACUCAUCACUGUUUGUUGUCCUGAUUCUUUUCGCAGCGUUAGAAAGACCAAUCGAAUAUCAGAAACAACAAGCCAACGGCCUGUAAGUAAAAUCUUACAUUUUGAAAUAAAAGGGAAAAAGUUAAUUGCUGAUUCUCACGUGCUUCUCUCUUCUUAGUCCUCCCGCAUUGACUCCUGGGUCCCCCGUUACGACUCAGGGUCAGGUGACCCCAUCAAGCAGCACGACUCUACCGCUGACCACCUCUGCCACUCGCGGGCACAGCCUAAGCCUUCCUAACACUGGCUCACUAAAGAAAGCUUCACAGGUAAGAAAAAGGCGCCGGAACUAUUUUUGGAAGAAAAGCUGCAUCUUUGCUCAAUAUUUAAUAAGCGAAAGAGAUCGACGCGUAUUUAUCGUUGUCUCUAGAUACCAGUCCCCUCUAGUCAAACCAGUCGUCUUAAGCACAUGAAUCUCAUCGCUCUGGAAACUGCUCAAUCUCUGGAGGACCUGACGUCGCCUUUCUCGAAUACUUCGGUGAGCUGAAACGUUCUUCAUCUCUUCCACAAAGUCCCUGUUUCACCGAAUUUAGCUCCUGCUAGGCAAAAAUGUAAAAACGUUUCUUGAUAUCGUUAAUGUUCAUGUUCUGCUGCUUAACCUAAGAGUCGUGGAACCUAGUUUCUCGAGGAAAUGGAAAGAUCCUAUUGUUGUAAAAGAGCAACGAGAUUACUAGUGUUGCUUGACCUGGGAUUGCUACGGAUACCGCGUGACUGCCACAGAUACUGCGUGACUAAUGUUGCAACUGUUGCUAUUUGCAGCGUACUAAAGAACGUUUCGUGGUACUGGAGGAUUUCAAGUCCAAAGACAAAGAUCAUCUUUCUGUGAAGAAAGGAGAAGUUGUGUACUUGGUGUCCAACAAGAAACACGACAAGAACUGGCGAUAUGUUUGUAAUUUCACCGAGGACAAACUCGGACUUGUGCCCGCCAAGAUCUUGAGAAAAGAAGCCAACAACAAUCUCGAAGGUUCGUUCCUGUCUUUCAAUGCAAAUUCUUCUCAUUUUUUAUCUGUUGCUGAGACUUUAGAGUGAAAUUCAAUAAGUUUCCCUACUCGUUGUUUUUUUUUCUUCUCGUUUCAUUUCUGCUUGGAAUUUUCUUGACAUUUAGCUUCCGUCAUAAAUUCCUUUUUUGGCAAUUGGCGGGGAAAAAGGUUUCAUUACAUUUGGUGGGUAGGAGUCGAUAUAACACACCAAGAUUGUACGAAACUCAAUAGCAACUGGGAAAUUUGAACUUCAGGAUCACGUGCGACGUCACUACUUGUCGUAAAAUUUGUUUCGCCUUUGGUUUCAGAUUCAGAAACUCCGAUGUCUCCCAAGAAAACGGCCGGGUAAGAAUCUUUUUGUUAUACCGUUUUAGUUUUCCGUGUAGUCUUUUAUUUUGUCAAUUUUUUAAGCAGUGAGUUUUCCUUUUGUUAUUUUUUUUAAGUAGCAUGUCAUUGUGAGUUCUUGACUUUCGUUAUUGUGGUUUGUGUUCAGAACAUUUUCAAGGAAAAAGGUUUCAAGGCAUGAGAGUUUUACGUAAGUUCUCGAUUUUUUCGUUUUGUUUUGUGUAAUUAUUUAUUUUUUGUUUUGUUUUAUCAGCUUUGAAAACUCCUUUGUUGUUAGUGUUAUUAUUUUUACUUGUAUAAGGAGAUGGGCAUCUUACAUCUGAAAUUUGUUUUGGUUAUGACAAACAGAUUACGAUUUCGGCGUUCGACAGUAAAUCGUUUAUAUUCAAUCGAUAAAUGAUCGUCUAAGAAGGGGUAGUCGGCGCUUUAAGCUACGACCGUUUGGUCGCCUUAGCGACCUGUGUUCCGCGGUCGCGUAACAAAUUGUAAAAUUUUUAAACCUAAUGUUAACGGUCCUAAGUCUAACUAGAUGCACUGAGAAGUGCGCUUACUGUUAAUGAUAAAAUGUUUCGAUUAACUCCUACGAGCGCGCAAACGUUGAAAUUGGCGGCUGCGCGGAGAAUGGGAACGGGUGGUGGUCAAGUUGUACUCUGCCUCAUGCUGCAAAAAUGGCUUAAUGGUGCUGGGUUUGGGUUGCAGCCUAACUAGAUGUAAAGAGGUGAAAGUCGUGUGCAUGCCAGUCGUAUGGAUUUAAUAUACCGCACUAAUGCUUUGAUAACGCUAAUCUUACCUAACCGGUGAAUUUCAUCAACGUAGACAGUUAUUACUAAGGUUAAGUGAAAUCCUCGACUCCAAGGUCUUUCAGACCCUCAUCCUGGGAAUGAGGGAGCCUCGUUUCGAAUCAAUGAUAACUUUGUUUGCGUGAAGCCGUUUACUUCGUUUCUGGGAUUCGGGCCAAGGAAGGACUUUGGAAAGAAUUUGUGGUCAGGUUUUUCUGCUGUGAUCCUCCGUAGUUAAGGUAUGAAAAAUGUCUAUGAUGCACAAAAGACCGAAGCAUCUCUGGAACAUUGUCAGAAGCCACAGUACACGAAUAAUUGUGCACUGUUGUUUUCAACCAGAAUGGCUAAAAAGAGUAAAGAGAAGAUUCUUCCGUCUAUUACACGUCAUCGGAGCUUUAAUACGUAAGUGUGCUGUGGCGUAUGUUUGUGUGUGUGUGUGUGUGUGUAAACUCUGCUUCUCUGCAGUAAUCAGCAUUGACCUUAGUCCACUGGAGUCCUGAGAUCACGUGGAGUUUUUUAACCCAAUCAAAACGUUAGGAAAACUGAAUUAGACCAAUUAAAGUGGACGAGUUUGGAGAGCGCGGGAGAGCAUCGCAGGUAGUCGGUUGUGAAGGCGGGAAAACCUAAAAAAGCGCGCGGAAACGUGUGUUCGGUGUAAUGACGAGGCGAACAAAAUUGCUUGAUUUGUCUGAAAGGGCUAGCUCCUCUUUCUUCCUUCUGGUCGGCAAAUGAAUCAUUGAAACAAAAAGACUGAAAACCAAACGCCCCACGGCACCAAGCUAAUUGUCCAAGAAGUAUGGAUUUGACAAUAAUGUUAUUCAUUGGUCUUGAGGGUGGAAUAAGGAAAAAGUUUUAAGCUUCCGUGAGGAAUUGAACCUCAGACGUUAGGAUCUUACGCUCCUGUGCUCCACCUCUGAGCAACAGAGAACUCAUUGGUGAGUUAGGCCAUUGUUAGGUUCAUGUGUGACACCCAUUCUGCAUACUGCUAAGAUCAACCAUGUCGAAAGCAUCGCUUGGAUAAAUAGAAUCACAAAGAUGGUAAAGUUCUUAGCUCGGUUGUGGAACAAAGAAAGAUGUUUUGAGGUAUCAGAAUUAUCUGAAGGACUCCAGUGGUUUCUUGCUUUACUAAUAAUCCUAACGCGCUUGAAUUAACAUUUAUCAUCCAUACGUCUAUCCAGUUAAAUAUAAAGUAUUUACGCGUACGUGUAUUCCUUAAUUCUGACCGAUAACAUUUAUUACACCCUUUCUGAUCAACAAGUAAUUUCUCCUCCCCUAACCAAUACAUUAUAAAGAAGACAGGUUAUGAGAAUGAAUAUAAAUCAUUUAAGGAUAUUGUUCGAUGUAGUGCACGUAUUGUUAUGUGCAAGCUUUGUAAGAAAUGUAUGAAAGACAAUGAGUAGAAGAAAUUUAGAUCGUAUGAGCGAGUUGUAGGGUUCAGUUUACUUUGAGUUUUUGGUUAGGGAACUCGAAUUGGUGAGGUUAUUGGGGGGUUUAAAACAGGCUGAUGUUUCUUGGAUGAGGAGUAAGUGACCCAAGAACCAAAGACUUUACGCUGCGAGACUUUAGAAUGCGGCUUGUCGUGGAAUGGUUUCCAUCAGGUGAUACCCCGUGUCGACCGAGGAUGAAUGACGCAGAAGAUUGCGGGAACAGUUCUAAGUUGUUAAGUUUAAAAAAUGAACUAAAAGUUCAUUUAUGUUUUACAGGAGUGACAACAAAGAUAGACGGACACAAAAGAAACAGAAAGACUCCUAUCUGAAUGCCUUCUCCAACAAGAUAAAACAAAAUAUCGAUAAAUACCGAACCGAAUUGAGUACAGAAAAUGCAAAUGAUAGCGAAGACAUUCCUGUCGCCUCAUCGGUUAGUAAAUCUAACUAAAUCUACCAACUUAUCGAGUGAUAUCUUGACUUUGGUGUCUUUCCCUGGACAUCAGAAAGGUCAAAGUCUACAUGAACCAAGUGGCUCAUUAAGUCAGAAUUUAUCUCUGUUUCCAGAGCAAUAAUACCUCUUCCCCCUCAAUGGGAUGCUGGUCCAUCGCAAGGGUUACCCCCUCUCCCCUUAAGAAUUUAAUCAGACUCCCCUGACAAUCCGCCAGUGCCCAUUUAUCUUGGGUGGAGAGAAGCACUGUGAGAGUGGAGUGUCUGGACGGAAAACACAACACAAUGACGAAUCGAGGUUUAGGACCCAGACCCCUUGAACCGGAGUCUAGCGCAUUGACCAUACAGCCGGCCUGUCUCGCACACCCUGGAUGUCGAAAUUGAUGAACUUGUGUUUUUUUUCUUCUUGCAGAAUCAAAAAGGAAACUCCGAAAUCAGUACGUAUCUAGUUAUGAUUUCACUAUGAUUCAGAGUUGUUCGUGUGUACGUGCGUUCAUUGUUCAUGUGUUUUACACGCGUGCUCUAAGCUUAUCAGAGAUUUUACCUGCUUCGUUCACGACUCACUUAAAGAGUUCUUUUUGUUUUCAUUUUUAUUUUAGUUGAGCAAGAUCUGCACGAAUCACAAACCACAUUGCAUGCCCAAGAUAAUCUCUAACAACAGUUAACCUUAAGCACUUUUCGUCACUUGAUCCCUGUCAACUCUUUGUCUUUAUCGUAAGAAAAUUUAAGACUAAAAGCUACAGUUUAAAUUAAAGUUUAAUUGGGAGAAGAUUUAAGGUCUUAAACUUAAGUCACCAAAACUUAACUUACAAGGGGAAAAAAGCACAUAGUUGCACGUUUUUAUAAGUUAGGUUGAGGCGAGUAAAAAGCACUGAUAAAACAUUGCAGUGCGUGCAUUGCGCCAUGGUCAGCUGUACAUAUUUGUUUACAAUUUCGUCCUUCCGUUGGUAUGUUAACUACGAAGGCAAUAUCAUUAAAUUAUUUUUCAGAAAAAGAGAGAUGUCACUAAACCCACUUAGGUGACUUCGCUUUGCUAGAUAAUCGUCGCAAAGAAUAUAUUUUUUAAAUUCAUUUUUAAGACUUAAAUUAUGUUGAAUUAAUCAGAAACUUGAUCGAAGUCAAAAUCAAGGCUUGUGAAAGUGAUCUCUUGUCAAGAAAUGGAACAUAAUUUUUCCUAUGUAGUUGUCGUAGGGCUUAUUGCUUGUAGAAAGAACGCAAAAAUAAUAAUGGAUUGAUUGUAAGCGCUCGACAACCGCAGGCACAUUGCACUGUACUCCGCCUUAGUCGUCGUUGAAUGAGAUAAAGCAAAGAGCUGGCAACGGUAAUGUAAUGCUUAUUUAGUAAAACUAAUUCCUAACGUUUUAUUUUAUAUAAUUUUUUUCCGUUGCUAACCCAAUUAACAAUGCACAACGUACUUACUUUCACGCCGUCAGCUUUCAUCGAAGUUCUUCGUGACGUCACUGUUAAAAGCGGCCACCAUUUACGGCUUCAGUGCAAAUUAUCAUCGCUCCCCACCCACCCCCUCACGGUGACCUGGACUAAGAACCAGCAUGCCAUAGAAAAUUACGACAAUAUCAGGCUAGUUAAAGACGGAGUCACAUAUGCGUUGGACAUCACGCAAACGGAGACUGCUGAUACAGGUCACUACAGGUGUUCUGUCACGUGCGGGUCACGCCGCAUCACUUGCUCCGCUAACGUUGCCGUGUUAGGUAAAAGCAAAUGCUGUCAAAUCAGGUACCCCUUGCUGCUGAAUGUCAAGUGGCAUAAAUUGCUCCAAAAUGUUUGGGAAUGGACUUCAAGCGAGAUGCGGAAAUAACAUCCUUCAUUUUUGUGUCCUCGGCGAUUGAAUUUCGAUCUCCGACGGGUGAAUCUCGAACACUCACGAGUACAUUUCGAUCUCUCUUCAGUGAAUUUCGGUCUCUCACGAUUGUGUCACGGUCACGCCUUAUAUUUUACUUCCAACUAAUUAAAAGGCUGUUGUGGGUUGAUCACAGAAACGUCGAACCCAAGUUGGGACCAAAUAGUUUUGGUGUGAAGUAUGUCCCACGACUUACAGUAGCAAAGGGGAAGAGGGGUCCCUAAAACAAUCAGCAAUUAAAUGUCAGAGUUAUCGCCAGGGUAAAUCACGGUUGUCUAUUUUCCAAACUUGCGGUAUUUUUAAAUGUUAAACACUAAAUUAUUUCAAACUUUGGGAAAUCUUUCGUCGUGUCAGGUUUCCGUCAAGUUGCGUAACUUCUUAAGCGACAAACGCGGCCUCACUGAAUUUUCGGUGACGGAAAUGUGCCGACCGAGGUCGAGUUUUUCCGUCCCGAGAAUCCUAAACACUAUCAUUAUUAUGUCAUUCCUCAUUUGAUUUCAUUUUCAUGUGUUACAAUUGUCGUUCAGAUCCUAACUUUGCUUGUUACAUCAUUAAGGUGUUCCCGAACCUCCUUCGAAACCUUGCGUCAGAGAAAUGACCUCAUCAUCGCUCGUGUUGCACUGGGAACCACCUAAGUUGGACGGGGGUAAAGAAAUCACCGCGUACACUGUGGAGUAUAAGGAGACUGGGGUGAGUGUGUGGCAGGCGGCGGUGCCAUUUGUGGCAGGAAACAGCACGCUAAUUGAUGAUCUUACGCCGGGCGCCACGUACCAGUUCCGAGUCAGUGCUAAUAACGAGAUUGGUAUCAGUCGACCCAGUCCUAUCUCGGAUUCUAUAACACUGGACGUCGAAAGCGGUGAGUGUUUGAGUAGGCGCAAGUCAUAUGCGAGCGUGACGUUUGUUUUAAAGGUGGUCACGCACAAAAAGGCGUAACUUUUCCAUCAAAUUAGUCGUCGCGCACUUUUGAUGGUUUCUACAAAGAGCGCAGAAACAUGACAAUUGGACAUGUAUGCACAGAGAUUUUGAAGCUGUAUUAAAACCUAUUUUUCUAUUAAACCUAAAGAGACUCAAAGAGGUUUGCGUUAAUAUACUUUUGUGGUAAUUUCUACUCAUUAAAGGAUCCCUUUACCAUAUAAUUUAAAAACUUCUACUCAAUCAAAUCUCUAAUCUGAACUGUGUUGCUUUUUUCAGAAGAAUCGUCUUAAACAUCGAGCUAAAUGAACAUCAGUUAUCUUCGUACUUCAAAGAAUUAAACUAUUCAAGCCACUUUAGAGAUCUUCUAAUUAUUCUAGUCCAACCGUAAAACAAAUGACAAGCGUUGUAAAAUAAAACUAAUUUGUACUCUUAAUUGGUAUAUUGUUGUAUAAACUUGUAAAACUUCCUUAGGACGUACGCUUUACUAGAAAUAAAUGAUUAAUUGUUAGGUAGUAGAAAAUUUAACUGAUCACCCUAACCGUUGGUUGUAGUAUUUGAAGAAUUGCUUUGUGGAUAGCUGCCAAAAUGAAACUAUUGCCUCCCGGGAAUAACAAUAAAACGUAUGUUCUUUACGUGAUCUGCUGGUCAGCUGAUAAUCACGUGUUGUCACUGAGUAAUCGGGCCAAUUACUAUCCUUGUUGAAUGACAGGUCGUGCGGGCACAACUUGUCAUUCAGAUAUAAGAUCAAUCACUCAAACUUUUUUGCGGGAGAGUUACUUGAAAUAAACAGCGUUUUAAUCAAAGCAGCCAAGAAUAGUUACAGGAAUACUGUUAGCUUUCAGAUCAGAUGAAUUGAUACCGCAAAGCUUGCAGAAACUUAUAAAUUUACGACUUGAUUAUUCUGACAUCUACCUAAAAUCUUCUGGACGCGUUUUUGUCGGCUUACCUAUUGCUAAGCCAAUCAGUGAAUCAGUUUUUUUAGCCACUUGACAGAAGCUUGCACGUGCGAUUUUUAGGUAGCCUUUUAUUACUUUUUAAGUGUUAAAACCAGGUUAAGAUGCGUAAAUGGUCGUAGUUGUAUUAAACUAUCAAAUUUCUUUAAGGUAUUCUAACCUCGGAUUAUUUAAUCAAAUCAACUUUGCUUUACUGGUCUCUGCACUGUAGUAAUUUCCCUCAUAAUUCAAUAACUUUAAUUAACCUUUAAAUUGUAAAACGGUUUGUUCAGAAACAACUCGUAUGGUUCAUGAAACAGAGAGGAUAAAUUUCCCUCGGUACGAUGAAUAAACAGUUAAGGAUAACAAAUAAAAUAGAAAUAAAAUUGAGCUCCGUUACAGAGCAAUCUGUGUUCUGCUUGGCGAGGAUUUUAUUUUGAUAAUUAUUUAUUUUAAUUUAUUGACUAAAUUGCAAUGUACUUGUCAAGCAGACAUGGAUUUGCUCUUUUGGGCAGGGUCUGUAGUGAUUUAUAACAUCAUUUUUAACCUUAGUCUAUGAGGAGACCCUCAUUACAAACGCUGCAGGACGUGCGUUUCCCGCCCGGGGGAAGAUUUGAGCCCAGAUCCCAUGCAGGGUUCUUGCUGGCUCGCGUUGCCCAAGGCCUCACACGUUCCGCGGGCGAAAAAACGCUGGGGCGAAAAACUCAGGUACCAAAGCGUUAUUAAUGAGGAGCUGUUCAUAGUCUAUUUUAACUUAUGAGUUAUGGGGACAACAUGGUUACAUUGAAUGAUGCUUAAAUCAAUUUAGUUGUGCUUAAUUAUCUGAGUAGCUGCUAAUUAGAAAUAAAAACCGACUGAUGAUGUUUGACGAUGAAUUAGUUGUCCUUUCCUAACCUUCGCUUUGCCUUACCUUGUUGCGAAGAACGUUGUGAAACCGUUAACAGAAUUUUGAAUGAGACUGAAGUUAACGAAGCAAUGAUUUAUUUGAAAGUGAGUGACUAGCGGUAAAAAUUUUAAGAAUGGAUUUUCCUUUUCACACCUAAAUAUCGUUCCUAGCCCAACUGUUGUGAGAGCGGACUAAACAUGCUUCAUCUUAGAGCGUCGUUGCGCGAGGCAAAUUGCGACGGAGGAGGGCGCGUGGGUGUAGAUGCUGUUAGGAAGAACCGCGCGAGGAAUAAAUGCCCUGUGAUAGAAGAUAGGCGAGGAUGAGGGUAAGUGAAGAAAGUAAAGGUGGAGAUUCGUGAGAAAAGGACCGCACGAAAGUCGAGAAGCUUUGAGGAGAAGUAAUGUGAAAGACGAGUUUGAUGUACGAGGAAAGAAACGCUCGAGGAAGGAGAUGCGCAGGGAUGUAUGCGCGUGAGAAAGGAAAAGCGCAAGGAAGAAGACAGAGUGCUGAAUAUUUAGCGUCCUUUUUCCGUUCUUUGCAAUUGUCUUCACCUCCCUACCUUUUGCUUACGGCACAUAAAACAUUAUUUGUUUCUUCCUCUCAGACGAUGAAAAAAAGAAAAAAAACAAGAGGAAAGUGCGCUCCAACUCGCGAAGUGAUCCUAUUGUUUGGAAAAAAGAUAUCGAAGAUUAUUAUAACAUUUACGCCGAGCUUGGAAGGUGAGUUGCAGAUUUCUCCGAUGAAUAAUGAGUCAGUGGCUCUCUCCUCCUCCCUUCCCUCCCUGAGUGGUCGCAACGAUCUACGUUUCCUUUUACGUCCAACUCUGAUGAAUGGAUUGCACCUUUUUCAGGGGCCGUUUUUCUGUUGUCAAGAAGAGCGUAGAAAAAGCAACAGGGCAGGAAUACGCCGCUAAACUGGUCAAGAAACGAAUGGUCGGCAAAGAGGAAGUAGAAGACGAGAUUUAUCUCCUUCGAAGACUCAAACAUCCUAAUUUGAGUGGAUUUAUCGACGCUUUCGAUACAACGAAGAACUUUGUAGUAAUUGUUGAACUUCUUGCCGGUGGUCGGUUGUUCGAUCAUCUGGUCGUUAUGGACAAUUUAACGGAGAAAGUUGCCAUAGGUCAUGUGAGGGAAAUACUCGAAGGAGUUCAGCAUCUUCGAGAUCUUUCUAUCGUGCACCUCGACCUAAAGGUGAGGCUUUGAACGUAAACAAGUGUGACGCAAGUCGUGGUCAUAACGUGUCCAACAAAGUAUUGUUUGUAAAAAGAGGGGUCAAAUGUAAUCUCUGCAAAUUCUUAUCUUCUUCCUUUUUUUUCCCUUUAGCCGCAAAACCUUCUCCUGGAUGGUGGGCCGUUACCAAAAGUGAAAAUAAUAGAUUUUGGUUGUGCAACGGAGAUUUCCGACUCAGAAUCUGUAGUUAAACAAGUGUUUGGAAAUCCUGAGUGUGCCGGUAUGUUUCCAUUUACUUCUGCACGUAUAAUAAACAGUUCCACAUGAAUGUUACUCUCUGUAGCUUUAACUCCUAGGGGUUCAUCCACAGACUUGAAAGUUAGAACCAAUUUUUGCAGUUUGAUCAACAGAACCACUUGAUAGUAUUUCUCAGUAGCUUUAUUUGAAUGAUCACAACACGAGGUUUUUUUUUCCCCACAGACUUGUAAUGUACAGCCCCUUUAACUCGCAAAAUACCGAUCAUCUUUUCUUUCUUCAGCUCCAGAAUUAGUGAACAGACAACCUGUGGACUUCACAACAGAUACUUGGUAUGUGUCAAGCUAAAGACUUUCUUAGUUAACUUUCUGUUCUGAACUUCUCUGGGUCGUUUAUGUCAUUAACGAAAAUAUUUCUUUCCUUUGACUGCAGGAGUAUAGGAGUUAUUACAUACAUCAUGUAAGUAUCACCAAUUCAUUUCUAUGUACGAGUAGAUAUCUGAGCACUAAGGUAAUUUCUGGAGGAGUAGGGAUGGGUUAGUCACGAGAGCGCUCUUGUCCUAUUUUUGUGGCCUGGGUUCGAUUGUUUGUAGUUAGUUCUCUUCCUUGCUCCGAGAUUUUAAUUCAAGGUAACUGGUCGCCGUGAUUGGUCAAGAAAACUCCCGCCAGUCUCUCAACCAAUUAGCUUCUCAACCUCUUAACUAGUCAACUCCUAUCAAUCGUGAUUUGGUCACCCGCGUUUUCCCGCGCCUCAGACAGUUUGCUUGUCCAUAUUUUUAGUUCUCGUUGGCGUCUUGUGAUAUUUACCUUCUCACUGAUUGGCUGUUUUACGACACUAGAGCGAGAAACGCCUUUUGACGCUCCACCUCGCAAAAUAUUCACUGAUAGCUAGUUUGGUUGAAAUGACUCUCUCCAACUUGACUUUUAUCCCCCUGCUAUGCAGAUUGAGCGGAGUUUCACCGUUUCAUGGGGAAUCAGUGGAAGAAACUUGUCGAAACAUCACAGAAGUUAAAUACGAAUUCAAUCCAAAGCAUUUUGAACCAAUUUCACAGCAAGGAAAGGAUUUCAUCUCCUCGUUACUUGUUAAAAAUCCGAGGUAAGUGAAAAAGCAGCAUUUACAACUCUUUGAAAAGUUUUCCUAUUUGCGAAGUGCGUCUUGCGCAAUUUACUCUAUUCCGUGGCAUUUUACUGAUUAGUUCUUAUUAAAAUUGUACAGUAAUAAACUGAACUGAUGGUGCAUGUCUGAAACCUCAUCGGAAGAGGUCGGAAGCCGUCGGAGAGACCGAAGUCUUCCGACACUGUCACCGUUGACUUCCUUUGUUACAUCUAACUAAAAAAGUCUCGAGAAUGGCUCGAAUUUUCAAUAUAAUUUCUAUUUUAUAUCAACUUUUAUUUUGUUCCCAUCCCAAUUCUGAACUUUUUUUUUACUUAAAUUACGUUUAGAAAAAGAGCAGACUGUCAAAAUUGUCUAAAUUCGCAAUGGAUUAAGGUAAGACAAAGUUUUCCUUGCAACAAUUGGUGAGAUUAUUUCACACUCUUCGUAUCUCCUUUUGCCAAAUGUCCUACGUUUACUACGAGUGGUAAAUGUUCGUGCGUCUGGCGCUGAUUCCAGACUGGUUGUUGAGCGCUACUCGAGUUCACUUAUUACGCCCCGCCCCUCCCCUGUGAGUUUUCCCGCGUUUACUGCUGCCACCACUGUCAACUGUCACCUGGUUUUCAUAAGCUCAGACAACAGUCAUAAAUGUACCCAGCUCUUUUCACCAUUAGCAAAUAGUUUCCCAGUUUUGCCAUGCUUCAAAGUUUUUGCCUACCUGUCUUGAGCCUCGUGUUUUUUUAUCAUUUUAAACCCGAUUUGCCUUAUUUUUUAUCCAGCUCUUUUCACCAUUAGCAAAUAGUUUCCCAGUUUUGCCAUGCUUCAAAGUUUUUGCCUACCUGUCUUGAGCCUCGUGUUUUUUUUAUCAUUUGUGAACCCGAUUUGACUUAUUUUUUAUCCACAAAACUUAUGUAAGAACUUUUUGUUAACCGUCGCCAUUAAUCAUUUUGUCGUUGCGUUUCACAGAUGAUUAGUCCCAGGCCUCCUAGUCCAGUAAGACAAGUUAAACUCAACAUAUCACGGUUAGCGGCCUUCAACGCGAGGAGAAGAAAUCAGGUAAUAGAACUCAGUGUUAUACGAAAGAUUGAUUCGCUUCUCAUUUCUCUUUACCUUUUUGGUUGAGAAUGCAUCACAGUUGUAAGAAGAAGACAGAAAUUAAUUGCUAAUUGAAAUAACCGAGUGGUGGAGUAUUUUGGAAUUAGUUAAUGUCGCAUUUGGUUGCAAGACUGUUUUUCUCACAGUUAAGCUUUUAACUCCAAAGAGUGACCAGCAUCUAAAUUCUCUUUACAAUAUCAUCCGGAAAUCAAACAUAAAGGUCAGGAGAAUGAAGGAAAUGAUCACCAACUAAAGAAGCUCUUGAUUGUUAAACAAAUUCUCCUUGUCAGCACCUUAGGAAAUGUAUAGGGAACAGUAUGGAGAAUAUGCAUACUGAUGUUAGGUUAUGAAUGGUUAACCCUCCGCGGUGGAGAAACGCGUGUCCUGCAGCGUUGAUAAUGAUGGCCUGCUCACAGGCGAGUACUCCUCGCCAUGUUGCUAAAGUUCUAAGGAGCAGUUGUUGAGUAAGGAAAAUUGUCACCCAGUGGGUGUUGGGUUUUUAUGAUACUACAAGCGAAUAUGUCGUAGCUAGUGUGGAGAAUUGCUUACUACAUCUUCUUUGAUUUCCUUUCCACCUCAGCACGACCUUACGCCAUUACCAAUGAAUAAGAACGUCAAGAACACCACGACUGUAUAGCAUUAAG